GGAUUACAAGCGCAGCGAGCGGAGGAGGAGGCGGGUCAGCCAGCCGGGAGCGAGCGCUGGUGCGGCUCCCCAAUCUGCCGCCACCUCAGGCUCCCCUGCCUCGCUUGCCCUGCCAGGUCCCUCUCUCGCGAGCGCGUGGGAAGGAGAGACCCUCGACGGGACCCCCAGCCCUGCUGCUGCUGGAGGCGCCCAGCGCAUUCCCGAAUUUGAGGGCAUCGCUUUGGCUCUCCUCGCUGCUGCUUCCCCUCCCUCCCGAUCCCGCUCUCCCCCCAACAUCCCCAAACCGCCUCUCCUUCUCGUUCGCCUCCUCUCCCCCCCGCCCCCCACCCCCGUUUCAUUUCUUCCUUGGAAGCGAGCGGAGGCAACCCGGCGUGGAGGAGGAUGACAAAGAUGAUGAUGUGGAAGAGAUGGAGAUGAAGCAGACUAUGCAGAUCCGGGGACUCCUGUUGCUGCUGCCGGCACUAUGGGCUCUCCUUCUGCGGGACGUCGCGGCUGUCACAGGUAAGGCGGAGAAGGCAUGGCUGACCCCAUGGACUUACUUGGCUGGUUGCUACUCUCCUCCCCGCGCUCCCUCUCCGGACUCGUUGGGGAUGCCUCUCCUCACCUCCCACCCCAACUUUGUCCCUGUGGGAGCCCUUGCUCAGGUCUGACCUCUUGCGCGGAUCUGGUCUAAAAAUGCCCUCUUGAUUUGAUCCAGAAAUGGGAAUCCCUCCGCCUCGCGCGCGCCCAACCCCGUCCUUUGCUGGCUUGUUCGGGCGGUUCAGCAGACAAACAAACAAAACCCCUCGCGUUGACAGUUCACUUUUUCUCCCGGAAGGGACUCCCGGGAAGAGUUAGGAACAAGAGCUGGCUGCCACUCUUAAGUACAGCGGCCAUACAUCCCAGUGUGUUGUGGAGCUGGUCUAAAUCAGAGUUGCUGGUCUGAGCCGAAACAAAUUACAGAACAUAAUUGGGGGAAUGUGUCUCUUCCCCACCCCUUACUUUCUUUGUCGAGUAUCCUUUAUUUGGAUUGUGUAUUGUUAUUAUUUCAUUUUCCACCUUGUUGCUGUGCACAUCAAUAGUAUCUGCAGCAGAGUCAAGCUUGUAGUUCUUCUAUUUUCUGAAUUUGACUCGCUUCCCCACGGCCCCUUGCUAUCUGCAGAAAGCCAGCUCUUCCAAAGAGAAUGAAUGCAGUCUUGGAGCUGUCACGAUUUCAGAUCUCACACCCCUGUUGUGAAAUAUGAUCUCUUCACCUAAGUGCCUUAAGCGCCUCAUUACUUUUCCAGAGGUCCUGAGUGAGGGCACAGCAACACUUACUGGCCCCAAGGGGACUGCUCUGAGGCUGGCAUAUUUGGAGGUGGAGGGGAAAGUCAGAAAAUCUCAGAUUGGAUUGACAUUCCUUGAAGCCAUAUUUUGGCAGCUAAUCUAUGGAGUGCAUCUGUUUUGAAAUAUUCAUGUCUUUAAAAGACCACUUGCUUUGACUGGCGUAAUAAUCACUGGAAAUUUUGAUCUUAGGGUUUGCUUAUUGAGCAGGCACUUUAAAUGUGUGUAAGGCUUUUGCCACCUAAUUAAUAAAAAUAACUUAUAUUUUUGUAUUUCAAUAUUGACCUCCUUGUUCUGUGUAACUUCUCCUUUUUCUGUGUAACCAUGCGUUCAUCAUUAUAGCAAGAUAUCUGUGAGAUACACACACACACACCAGUGAUAAAAAAACUUUGGGAAACUUAAAAUCCCCAUGUGUGCUCAUUGAGUAUUCAUUGUAUUCAUAGGGUAUUUUGGGAAUGCACAGUGUUCUGUCUAUUGUGACCCAUUUGGUGAUGGCAUAAAAAGAGACAUUCCUGCAAUCGCAGAAUAUUUCCAUUGCAGCAAUAUUUCCUCCUUUAUUUAACAUAACAUAAUCCUAAAUACUCUUACUAGGGAGUCCUAGCGAGCCCAGUCAGAACUCACCGGUACUUCUGAGAAAACAUACAUAGAGUUACAUGGUUAGUAUACAUCAUGAAGGUAAAGUGGUUAUUCAUUUCUACAGGUAUCUCAUGAUUUCACCUCCAAUAGACAUAGUUGGUUGGGGAGACAACUGGAAGGAUUCCAAACAUUUAUAUUGAGAAUUCAUCUUCCUGUGGAAUUGAACUAGCCUAAAUAAAGCACUAAUGAGUGAAACUGAAUAUGUGGCAUGUUGUCACAAGGUGCAGUUUCUCAGUGUUGCUUGAUAGGACGGGAGCCCACCUGUAGGUGAAUCUGAUGCUCUUGGCUGGGCUAGUUAUUUGACUUCAGGUUUCUAGCUCCUGAUCUGAAGACACAGCAAGGUACAUUAACAGAUCCAGGACACCUGCUGACUCCAGCCUUGAUAACUGUGAUGAUCCAUUUUCCCCACUAUUGUACUGGAAUAGGAGUUACUCUCCCUGAAUGAUGUCUAGUGUCGUCGUGUUCUGUCUGGGCCAUGAGCUGACAGUUUUAGGUGGGAGCUGUCAGGCAUCAGUUUCCAGGCUUAGGUGCUUUGUGUGCUUGAAGGCUGGAGUCAAUAUAAAUCAAAGUUGUCCAUUGGCUGAGCGAGCAUAAGUAGAUGAGAGUAAAAAGACAACAGAGGCUAGGCUGGAAGACAAACCUAAUACACUGGCACCACAUUGACAGUACCCUAUGGUGCCAUGUUUUCAGUUCCCUAUGAUAUAAAGUUGACAGCAUCAUAACCAGAAACAAAACUGACCAGCAUUAUAUACAAUUCCCAGCCAAUCAGAGUCUGCAAAUGUUCUUUAAAAUAUGGAAAGGUGAGAAAAGUCUGUGGCAGGAGUGAAUGGCCUGUGGCCCUCCAUAUGUUGUUGAACUACAACUCCCAUCAUCUUUAACUAUUGGCCAUGCUGACUAGGGCUGGUGGGAGUUGGAGUUCUAUGACAUCCAGAGAGCCACAGGUUAGGCACCCCUGGCUAUGGUCCUUUCCAAGUUCCAGGUUUGUUGUGGACCAGUUCAGUCAUUACAGCAGUUAUCCAGAACCUGUAGGAAAUGCUGCUGCUGCUGCUGACUAUGCAUGGUGGCUAUCAUGCUGUACAAUGUGCCCCUUUGCAUGAAGAGCCUCCAUGUCAGGAGCAAGAUAGUCCAAUGGUUCUAGCAUGGAGCCCAUAUUCAUUGACAUAACAAACAGCUCCCAUAUGUUAUGGUCAUGAUGUGGAGCCCCCAACUCUGAAUUCCCCUCUACAGUGUACACAAAGGAUCUGGAGCUCUGGUCUUGCACACUUGGUAUCUGAGAGAAAAGAUUGCUCUCCCAUGCAGACAUGUUUCUCCAGUUUCCCAUUUUCCUCCCUUAAGAAUGCAUUUUGGAUUCCUUUUCUGGCAGUAAUCUGCAUUCUCAGAGAAUUAAAGUUAACAAGCUGCCGUGCAAAAGAACUUAGCAGCACUGGGUUGUUGUCAAGAUAGCAUAUCGUUUCUGGAAAGAAAUAGAUGUCUGUUCCCUAAUUGUCUUGGGAACAGUGGAUGAUUAAAGGCAGAGACCCAUAGGAACCAGGCCUGGCAAGCAAGUACAACUCACAGGGUGUUCCCAGUGCUAUACUGUUUCCUGCUGAGCAUUUGUCAGGGACGGUGGUGAAAUGUAGAAUGUCUCUUCCCCAGUCAUGCCAUUUCCUCCUUUCAUGACAAGACACACUUCGCAGUUGGGCAGGAUUUUCUGCCCACAUUGGACCCAAAAGGUGGAGCAGCCCAGCUAACUUCCCAGGCUGCCAAGUUGUCAGCUGAACUAACAGAGAAAGCCAUCCCGGUUUGCGAGGAAUGUUUAUUAUGUUUCCUACAUAAUAUAAUUGUAUACAGUUACAUAAUUGUUGUCAAUUCUCUAAGCAGCUGCCAUCUGGCUAGGAAAGGUAGGUGGCUAAGAGCCACACUGCUUCUUGAGUCCAAAUCUGUAAGAAUUGCGAAGCUCCAUCUCCUAAUUGAGCAACAUCUUUUGAUUUCCAUAAUCAUUACAUUGUGAAGAGACGUUAAUGACUAGGUUUUAAUUAUCUCUGUGCGUAAGAGCUUAAUUAGGUAACAAUCAGGGUUGGAAAUUGGGAAUAUAUAUGUGUUUGUGUGUGCAUGUGUGCACACUCAAUAUAUAUUAAAAUUAAUCCCUGUUCUUUCCAAACCUUCCUAUCUCUUAACCAUUUGUCCUUUUCCUUUCAUCAAGAGCCAAAAGAAGACUAAAGCCAAUUGGUCCCUUAAAAAUUCCUGCUCUCUGCGCAAAAUCCAUCCUCCUUGUACUUUGCCUAGUACACUCCUUCAAAUGUGACUUGCACUGUGAUUUCUUGGAACCACAGCAGAGGGUGGGAAUGUAAAUCUUAAGUUGCCUCCCAGAUAUAUCAAUGCUUGUGUGUUAUUAACCCUGUUAGCCAAGUGCAUUACUAAAAGCUGAGCAGUCUUGUUGCCACAGGGUGCUGCCUACAUUUCAUAAGACUGCUUGUCAUGUCAUGCGUGUGUUUUAGGUGUAUGUGGCGUGGCUAUGCAGGGCUUGUUAUAUUCAGUUAGAGGGAGAGCUGAGAGGGAGGAUGCUUUCUGGUAUACACACUCACACACCAUUUAUGUCAUUGUUGAAUCAAAUAAUAAGGGGUUAGAUCAUGUUUCUUAGUGGCAUGAUUAAUUCCUUAGCCCAACAACAACAAAUGCUGCGUCUGAACAUAAAGUAUUAUUUUGCCAGCUUCAUCGCUCUUAGCAAUUUCCACUAAGUUUACAGGGACAACAAAAGGGAGAAAGAUUACAAGGAGUGCAGCAUGGGAACCAGUGAAUUAACAGGCUUUGUAAUCCAAUAAAAGUCCCAAUAAAAGAACAACAUGCUUUUCCCCUACAGAGGUUCUCUAGUAGGGAAUAACAUUACUGAUGUUGUGCAGGUGGGCUGACUAACUACAGUUGGGUCCCCUGACACUAGCUUCAAGUUCUUACUCUCGCACAGUCAAAAAAUCCCCUAAUUACUUUAUCAGUCUCAUGUAGCAGUAUGAGCAAUUGCUAGCAUGCCAUAGAAAUAUGAAUGCAAUUAAGUUAUAUACGCAGGGGGAUCCUAUGGUCCUGGCACGUUGGGCACAUCCUAGCAGGGCAUCUUGGAAAGCCAGUGUCACAGCAGGCCUAGUACUCCCUGAGGUGGUAAACCUGUGUCUGGGCACUUCAGACUGCUGUUGAGAGCUCACAUAAAUGAAUGUGCCUUCAUACAAAAAUCCCACUUGACAUAGGGUGCUUUCAGAUGUGAGGUUGUUCAGGUACCAUGAGUGGAUUAUUAGAAGCAGAUUUUUUUUUUUUUAAGCCUGUUGGAUUUUCUGCAGAAAGGGUUGUUGUUUAGUCAAUUAUUUGUGUCCGACUCUUUGUGACCCUAUGGACCAGAGCACGCCAGGCACUCCUGUCUUCCACUACCUCCUGCUUCGAGAACACUGUCCAACCAUCUCGUCCUCUGUCGUCCCCUUCUCCUUGUGCCCUCCAUCUUUCCCAACAUCAGGGUCUUUUCCAGGGAGUCUUCUCUUCUCAUGAGGUGGCCAAAGUAUUGGAGCCUCAGCUUUAGGAUCUGACCUUCCAGUGAGCACUCAGGGCUGAUUUCCUUCAGAAUGGAUAGGUUGGAUCUUCUUGCAGUCCAUGGGACUCUUAAGAGUCUCCUCCAGCACCAUAAUUCAAAAGCAUCAAUUCUUCGGCGAUCAGCCUUCUUUAUGGUCCAGCUCUCACUUCUGUACAUGACUACUGGGAAAACCAUAGCUUUAACUAUACAGGCCUUUGUUGGCAAGGUGAUGUCUCUGCUUUUUAAGAUGCUGUCUUAAAAAAAGGGUACAUCUGGAUUAAAGAAAGAGGAAAUGGGCUGGCAUUUUGACACUGCACAAAAUUAUGACACUACAUUUUGUGGACACUGCACCAAAAUGUGCAUGUCUGAGCAGCACCAGUCCUGCAAUAGACACAUCUGGAACCACCCAUGGAGAAUUGGGUGUUGGAGAGCCUAACUUCCUCCCUCAUGGGCUGGUUUUCUAUAUGGAGGAACAUUCAGUAAUCUGAGCUCUCCCCUGGGACCUGUAACUAGGUGAUAGUUACUAUGCUCAGUCUGUUGUAGGGUCAAUAGCACUGCAAUCCAACACACAUCCAAAGCAGGGUUUGGGAAAUGUUUUUGCCCAGAGGGCUACCUUCAUCUCUGUCCCUGCCCCUGCGGGCAAACUUUGACUGGUAGGUGGAGCAACCCACUUGUCAGUCAUCUGGUGUCAUGAUGUCAGCUGAUAGUGCCCCACCCACUUGUCAAAGUCACUUAUACAGCUGUAGCUUUGCCAGGUGGCAUGAGGAACAUUACUCUGGGGGCCCACUCAGCUCUGGCACCAAUCCUGCUCAUUGUUUUUUAAUGAGGAGCCUCACUUGUAGAGUACUGAGUGAUGUAGUUCCUCUGCCUUCGAAAGCUGUCCUACAGAGGAGAAAAAGAUAAACUUGGUGCAUCACCGCAUUUCAGUUUUGUGUCCUAUUGCACCUGAUACGUUGCUGCCAGGCAGUCUGGCAAAUCAAAGGAGCCCCAAGGAGGACAAUUUGUUGAGGCCCCCAGGGGGAUAGUUGGCUUCCUACUGGUCAUUUCUGUGGUGGGCUUCACUUGUGGUCUGCAUGACACUGAGAACAGGGUGCCUACUUUCCCCUGUGCACCAUGAAUGGCUGCUUGGUUGCCUGUUGAGGAACAGGAGGAACCUGGGGGUGACUCAGGUUAGCAGAUGCACACGACAGCUGUUGAGUAAAGGAGGGUUGUUAAGCAGCUUCCCCAUGUUGCAGGCUUGAUGACAUUCUGUGACUGUAGGUGUCUGUGUGCUUUGCGCAUACACAUUUCUUUCUUUCAGAGAGGGAGUUAGAGGAGGGGUGAAGGAAGCCUGUGUCCUAAUAUGAGACAUGAUCUUAUUCUCCCUGGUGACUCCCUCUACCUUGCUUAAUACUUUGGGGAACCUUAUCCUUGCAGCCCAAGUUAGAGGGGUAGAGUUGAGGCUCUUGUUGAGAGUUCAUGUCUGGGUCUUGAGAUAGGUACCUGUUAGCAAGACUCAAGAAAAACAAGUGCUGAUCAUGAUAAUACAUUUACUUUCAUCGGACUUUUGGGUACUGUUGCUGGUGUACAGUGUUUGCUUCAUGCACAGUGUCUCUCCAUCAACUUAAGCACCAAUGAAUCUCCACCUUUGGGUGUUCCUUGAAAUCAGAAUGAUUCAGCCCCAUUAUGUGCAUUUUGAUAUCUGAAAUCUGUAUUUUCCCUGCCUGGGGCUUUUAUACCCUUGAUGGGAUGCCAUGGUUGGCUGCAGAGGUGGUAGAAAUUCGAUCCUUGGCUAAGCCUCUAAAGGCAUUAAAAACAACAACAACAAACACCUCCCAGCAUGUUACAGUACAGGAAAAGGCUACUCUAGGGAAGAUCUAGUACUGGCUACUGCCAAAAUCAACAUGUUAAAACAGAGUGAACCAUCACUGCCUCUCAUGCUGAAAAUACUAUUUAUUUGUUUGCUGUGGGUUGUAAACAAUGCUGCACACACAUAGUUCCACUCAUGCAUGGAACAUCCACUUCCUCUUCCUGUGUGUCCCCAAAACCUGCUCCAGAGGGUCCUCCAAUCCUCUGGAGCAUAUUUUGAGGGGGUGUGGGGGACUCCAGGGGAGAGCAGAAACGGGGAAAGUUUUGUUGUAUAAGUGAAAGCCUGUUGUGCAAGUAGAAGAAAAGCACUGGAUACAACCCUCUGCCUAUUUAUUUUUAAUGGAAUUUAUAUACUCGCCCCCUUUCCAUUGGCAUGCUGAAGCUGACAAAUAAAGUCAGCACUGCACCAAGUAGUUACAGAAACUCAAGACAAUACUAUUAUAAUAAAGAUAAGACUAUUAUGAUGGAAACCCAUCAAUAAUUGGAUAGAAAAUUGACGGCUGGCACUUUCCUAUUCUGCCAAUGGUUAAUACCUACAGCAGAGAUGGUACAAAAGGCCUGGUCUUCUCUGUAAAUUGGCAGCCACAUUUUAAUCCUCUACCUUGCAGCUUAUUUACCAUCUUGCUUAUUUUCUUCUUUCCCACAUAUGCUCAUCUUCUCCCCAAGCGUUCAAACAGCUUGCAUCAGUGUUUGUGCAGCUAACGUAUUCCAUAUAUUUUUCUUAUUGUGGAUGCAAUAGCUCUCUCCACCCACUCACUUAAACGCAUUUGAGAGCCCUGGAGCACAUUCUGAAUGCGUCGAACCCCUCCACCCCCACCCCAAAGGAAAUCUGAGAAACGCCACCACCUGCAAAUGAAUUGGUGACACUCAUCCAAAUGGGGAAUGAGAUCAGAAAUUUGGCACUACCUCCUGGGUUUGGGGGUUGCCUGGCUACUGGUUGAAAUAAUCCCACAGCACAACAUUAAGAAGGAGAGGGAGAAAAGUAUGCUCUGUAAAUGGUUAGUUUCCUUUCAUGCCAAGGCUCUACACCAGCCUUUUCUUCCGUAGUGUUUGCAAAACUGCUUGGGAGUUUUUGCAAUAAAGAGAAAGUGCUUGCCGAACAACCCCCCCUCCCCCUAUGAAUAACUUUCUAAAAUGUCAGCUCUUUUCAUAGGCGUAGAUCAAAAGCCACAGUUUCCUAAAAGCGCAUGAAUAUUACCUGGCAGCCAGAAAUCCAGAGAGAAUUUUGGGCGGAAUUUGUGCUACUGUUCUGAGAAUAGCACUUUCAAAAAGCAUUGUCAGGGCACAGCUGCAGGGAUGUCUUCUGCAUCUGUAUCUACAACUGACAGGUUGCUACUGUAUGGCUCUCACCUUGCUGAUCUCCAAAUUGGCAUGUUGUUAACGAAGCCCUGCAUGGAUUUAACCUCCUCCAUUAUUCCCUAACUGGAAUUUCUGUACUCUCAUCCUAUAAUCAUUCGGCAAAUGUAAUAAAGCUCUGAUGAGGCGUUCAGGUGCCUGCAUGUUCUGUUCUCUGGAUGUAUUGUUGCACUGCGGACCACCAACCUUGGCUAAUUUGCUGUAUUCCCGACCUCCUCGCUCCCCUUUCGUGGGUGUGGAGAGGAGGGAGGUUGCUUUCUUCCAGGUACAAAGGCUACUGGAAUGCCAAUCAAACUGAAGGUGUCCCAGGGACAGCCUGUGAAGCUGAACUGCAGCCUCGAGGGAAUGGAAGACCCAGAGAUGCUGUGGAUCAAGGAUGGAGCUGUGGUGCAGAGCGUAGACCAGGUGUACAUCCCGGUAGAUGAAGAACACUGGAUUGGGUUCCUCAGGUAGGGCUGAUGUACAGAACAAGGGCUUCCAAGUUGUAUUACAUUAUUAAUUACCGUAUUUUCCGCCCUAUAGGAUGCACUUUUUCCCCUCCAAAAAUGAAGGGGAAAUGUGUGUGCGUCCUAUGGGGCGAAUGCAGGCUUUCGCUGAAGCCUGGAGAGCGAGAGGGGUCGGUGCGCACCGACCCCUCUCGCUCUCCAGGCUUCAGGAAGCUAUCCGCAAGCCGUGGGAGCCUGGCGCGAAGUCGCGCAGCUCUCCCACGGCUUGCGGAGAGCUGCCUGCAUCCUGAAGCCUGGGGCGCGCUGAGCUCAGCACGCCCCAGGCUUCGGGCUUCGCACUGGGCCUCGCGCUGGGCUCCCUAGGCUUGCGGAUAGCAGCCUGUUCUGGGGGCUGGGGUCGGGGAAAGCUCGGGCUUCCCCCGCCCCAGCCCCACACCUGGGGGGGAAAUAAAAUUGUUUUUCUUUAUUUCCCCCCCAAAAAACUAGGUGCGCCCUAUGGGGUGAAAAAUACGGUACUGUCAUCAUCUUCAUUAUCAUUAUCACCAUCCUCACCACCACCUGCAUUUUUUUAUCCUGUGACAGACCACUGGUCACUUAGUGAGCUUUGUAGUUGAAUGGACAUUUGAAUCCUAGUCUCCCCAGUCCUAACUGUUGCACUCUAUGGCACUUGGAGUCAGAGCUCAGUGCAUUCCACAUAUUUGCUGUGCAAAACAUGGGAUUGGCUCCUUGGAAUUCCACCUAAACCGUUUUUUCUUCCCUUGUUUAAAAUCUCAGGUGUGUACCUAAGACCUUUCCCCAUUCUUGUAGUUGACAAUAAUACUAAGUACUUGAAUAGUACCUCAAAGCGCUCAAAUGCAUUAUCUAGUGUGAUCCAAGCAGUAACUCUGUAAGUACACCAGUAUUAUUAUCCCCCAGAUUUCAGAUAGGAAGCCUGAGGCUGAGAGAGUUCCUUUACUAAGGCCACCUACUGAGUUCAUGGCGGAGGUGAGAUCCGAACUGCAGACUUUCUGAUUCAUAGCUCGUAACCAUUCUGCUGCAGCUACACCAACCCUCCAGUUGUUGAGGAAAGCAUAAAGGCAAAUGAGCAACAGUCUGGUAAAAAAAUCAGCAACCAGAGGUAGUCUGAACAAGGCUUUCAUUGGUCAGAAUGAGGUUUAGCUCUUCCCCCCACAUUUUCUUAUGGUUGUUUCCCAGCCUUACUCAGCACUAUCUUCCUGACCAUCUCCUAUUUUAUUCAUCACCCCACUAUAAAAUUUUGGUGUGUGGGACCUUGGGAAUGGAGGGAGGCAGAGAGGACUAGAUUCCUCUCUAAGAUUGGCCAGGAGGGCUGAUUCCCACAGGGGUGUUCAGGCAAAAGAAAGGCUUCUGUUGUAGUCAAGGUUAAUUGAUAAAGAAGAGGGGCAGGUGCAGUCCAUUUGCUAAGACCCAGUGUUUUAAAAACUCAAAUUACAUUGCAUUGCUUUUGCCUGGUGCAGAACUUUGCUGUAGAAGGAGGAGCUGAGCUGAGCCAAACCAAACCAGUGCAGUUUCCAUCCUCUAAUUUUUCACAGGUUUUCAAGAUGGCUUACAGAAUAAAAGCAAAUAGUUGGGGGGAAAAUGUACACUGCAAUCUGCUCAAUGGGGCUUCAGUAGCAGAUGUCAUGGUUGGGGAGCCCUCUUCAGAUAACCUCUGGUUGGUCGCAGUGCUGCUGCUUACCAGGAGGUAGAAGGGGAAGGGCAAGGAUAGCAUGGUGCAAGCCUACCAGUGGGAACACCAGAUUGGUUCAACUCACUGGUGCAUUGGCACCACACCAGCCUCCUCCCCCACCAGCUUACCUCUCUACCUCCAGGUAAGCAUCAGCAAUGCAACUGGCCAACGAUUAGGUGAGUGGUAGAGCCUCGCCAUGUCAUCAGCUACUGUGAAUAGUCGUAUAUAGCAGGUGUGAGGAACCUGUGCCUCUCCACAUGUUGCUGAAUUACAACUCCCAUCAGCCCCAUCCAAUGGGGAUGAUGGGAGCUAAAGUUCAGCAACAUCUGGAAGGCCAAAGGUUCCCUGCACCUGAUUAUAUAGCAGUAAUGCAGUAAAAGAGGAUGCACCAUUAACCAAAACCAUUCCAAUCCAGUCUAGGGCAUCUUGAGGUGUGCUGGGGCCUGAAAUGGCCAGCCCAACCUUUUCUCACGUUUGGUAGCUCCAUUAGGCAGGAAGGCCCAGAGAGGCUAUUAAGCUCCUUAGGGAUGUAGGGAGUUGCCCUAUAUCAUGGAUAUAAUGGAUCAGACCUUGGUCCAUCUACAUAAGUAUUGCUUACACUGACUGGCAGCACCUGUCCAGGGUUUCAGGAAGAGGUCUUCUAUCCCAGGGACUUCUGCAAAGCAAGUGCACUACCACGGAGUUACAGCCCUUCCCUCAAUUCCCCUGUGUGGUUCUCUAAGGCCAGCAUUGGCAGCAGAUGUUGUUUCCGCCACCACUGAUUGCAUGUUCAUGCUGUAUCUGUCCUUCUGAUACUGGGAGCUUUCCCCUUUUCUGGCCUAGCCUGAAGGCAAAUGAGAAGGAAAGCUUUACAGCCCCCCUUUCACCUUGUUUGUUCCAAUGUGCUCUGCGGCAAAACUGGAGAUGUACUUAAAAGUUUCCUUGCUCUCAUUUAUUCCCACCAUGUCCCUUCCUUCUCUCCCGGUAUCUGACUAAAAAGAGAUGCCCUAAUUAAAAUCAGACUUCUGAGACUAGAUCGGAAUCCUGUUGGGAGGGGAGAGGAUGUGUCAUACAAACCAAGGCUUAGUCAUCCCCACAAGAGAUGUUCCAGCACAUUUACUCCAUCAUUUAGAUCAAGGCAAGCAUUCUGCAUUUGGGCCAAUUAUCAUAGGGUAAAAUAUUCAAGGGUAGUUUGCUUAGGAUGUUGCGGCGGGACAGGUACAGCGGGUGGGCGGGGGGUGGGAGAGGAAAAGUGCCAGUCAUCUUUCCAGAUACUGUUUGCAAGUACAGUAAUUACUGCAACAAUUGCCAGAAGUAUACAAAAAUUACCUAUUCCCAAAUCCAUCUCUCCGGAGGCCUUUUGAAUUAAAUAGUUACUUGAGAAUCUUGGAUUCCCAACAGAGCCCUUGAAAUGAAAAUGUGCUCCUGGAAACACUUGUUUUACAAGGAGCCGGGAUGGGUGUGGAGAGGAUAUAUUGCUGCAUUACAGCAAACAGCAUUGAAAUAGCACCUCUGGCAGCCCUAAUCAAAUACCCUGUAGGCUGUUGCACUGAUGUCUAAUUUAGCAAAUUGAUAGGCGGAUCAGGAAAAGCUGAGAGUGGAGCUGCUGGUUGUCCCUUCCCAAUCAGAAUGACACUUGAUCACUUGAGUUUCAUAUGGUCACCCUGUGAUGAUCUGCCACAGCUGGAAUUGGUAGGGGCUGGACUGACUUUGUCGUGCGGCUAUCGCAAGCUGAAGCCGUACAAAGCUGUCUUCAGUCUGAUAUAAAUUGACAUAUGUGUCUGAACUUGAGGAACUGUGGACAGAAUUUCUCCCUUGGUUCAUGGUUUAAAGCAACAUUCUAUGCAUUCAGUUACUCUCUACCCUGCUUCCCACUUUGUAAGAAAAGAUUAGUAUGUGAAAUAUUUAUUUAGGUUUAUGCGGUGCUGAAUAAGGCCAGAGAUGAAGAGCUCCAGCUCUGAGUCAUCACCUUGAUGAGGGAAUGUUUGCUCCUUCCCUUUCACUCUUGUCUAACCAACACAUUUGCUUUCUCCGCAUGUUUUUAGACUCCAGUCUCAGGGUUAGAGCGGCUUGGCAGACUCUUUUUUCCAAGAUGAGGACAGUUAGACUUCCUGGAACCAGGGAGUUAGCUAAGUCACGUUCUGCAAACAGGAACUGCAUGGCACUUGGCUAAUUAAUUCAUGCAGUAUUUCAAGAUAAGCACUUAUUUCUCCCGUGUGAGUGCUAAAGAUUCCUUCACUGUUUUGAAAAGGGUAGCUUCUCCUCCAAUCUCUGUCUCAGUCUCCAAAAUCAUAUGUCUCUGGUGAAAGGGCUGUAACUCAGUGAUGGAGUAUUGCUUGCAGGUUCGUCAGCAUCUCCAGGUAAGGCUGGGGAAGGCCCAUCUUUGAAAUCCUGCCAAUCAAUUUGGACCGGGGAGGCACAACGUAGCACCCUCCAUGUCUUCCAUCAGCUCCAGCCAGCAUGGCUAGUGAUCAGGGGUGAUGGGAGUUGUAGCCCCAGCAAUAUAUGGAGAGUAGAGGACUAGAGGGACCAAUAUUCUUACUCAGUACAAGACAGCUUCCUAUGUUCCUGACCUAUUUUCUGUCACUUUUGGUAUGCUUUGCACUGAUUAGCUAAUCUUCUCUAAAGAGCUCCUUCUGCUUCGUGGUAGCCACACAAAUAGGUGGAAGCCUCACCACGUGGUUUAUUGCUUUCCCUGCAUAUUCAGGCUGGAUGCAGCCACGGGCCACUGUAAGGCCACAAUUUAACAUGUUCUCUGGAAUCCUGGAAAACAAGUGCUUCUCAGGAUAUGGCAAACUGCAUUCCUUUUGCAGAGCCAAAAACCAGCAGUGACACUUGUGCUUUGCAUUCAGCAAGUCCUGGGUUCAUUUGCUGGCAUCUGCAGCUGACAUAAACCUGGAUUGCAGAUGUGAGAAAAGCUUCUGUGUGAGGCUUUGGGCAAUUGUUUGCAGUAAUGGGCCAGAUAGAGCCAGGGCCUUGUAGUUAGGACAGCUUUCUGUGAUCACAUGAGUACAUGCUGAAGCUGGAGGGCUUUACUAUUUCGGAAAUGGCUCCAAUGUUUGUAGAUCACUGGAUGGAAUUGGAAGAGCUUGUGAUGACAGCUGCUUGUUUAUGCCACAGUGCCAUUUACCAUUCAUCGCUCUCUCAACACUUUAGCUUGAAGUCUGUGGACCGGAAAGACUCUGGGAAGUACUGGUGCCAAGUAGAGACCAACGGGAAGAAAGAAGAAUCACAGCAAGUGUGGCUCAUUGUGGAAGGUAAGGGCCCUGUCACUGGCUCUUGCCCAAGGCAGGCAUGCUGAGGAUGCAAUACUUGGCUGCAUUUGAAAUUGUGGAAAGAAACUGCCUGGAUGAUGUUGGCUCAUUUCCAGUGUCUGUGCUGCUAUGACCAAAACAAUUAUGCUGUCGCAGCGACCAUCUAAAGAUCAGAAGAGAGUGGUAGCUGGUGUAGGGGACCUAUCAAACAAUUUUUGCUGGGUCUUUAGUUCUGCAAAAUAUUGAGUGCUUCCAACAUUAUGUCUGCCAACUUUCAUUUGAAAGCAUGCCCAAGAAACAGCUAGAAUUAGCAUCUUCGUAAUGUUUUAAUGGUGAGUGUGAUGUCAGAUAGGUUAACUAUAGAAUGAGGGCUCCAGAGAGCCUACCAAAAUAUGUGUCUGACCCUUCAGAUGAUAUGAAAAUCCAUGUCUUCCAUUUUCUGGCUUCUCCAUAUGCAUGUUUAGACAAUGUCAGACCCUGGGGCUUAGCCUUGCAAUUGGCUGCUGUGGGGCAUGAGUCUGCAUCAGGUUACGGGCUAGUCAGAUGAGUAAGAAGCAGAAAACAUGGUCAGAGGCAGGUAUUGGAUCAGGCAAAACAAAAGCAGAAAACCAACAACCCCACAGGGUUAGAGGUAAUGGACAUGGUCAAAGAGAGAGACCAGAGUCUAGUACCAGAUAGGGCAGAACUAAAGUACAGUGGUACCUCGCAAGACGAAUGCCUCGCAAGACAGAAAACUCGCAAAACGAAAGGGUUUUUGGUUUUUUGAGUUGCUUCGCAAGACGAUUUUCCCUAUGGGCUUGCUUCGCAAGACGGAAACGUCUUGCAAGUUUGUUUCCUUUUUCUUAAAACCGUUAAUACAGUUGCAACUUGACUUCGAGGAGCAACUCAUAGCAUUGGUGAUUUUUGAAGCUUUUCCAAAACUUUUCCGACACCGUGCUUCGCAAGACGAAAAAAACCACAAGACGGAAAAACUCGCGGAACGAAUUAAUUUCGUCUUGCGAGGCACCACUGUACCAGAAGCAGAGACAUAAUUGAAAGGUGCCUUGGAGGUUAGGUACCACAGGAGGCAAGCUUCAGGCAUCUCAGAUUAAGGGGCUGGCUUGGAAAUAUAUACUUUUUAUAAGGUUGGGUGUGUCUCUAUUGGCUUUUCAGGUCAGCUGACCACCUUCAGACUACAGCAGGCAUCCCUAAACUUGGCCCUCCAGAUGUUUUGGGACUACAACUCCCAUCAUCCCCAGCUAACAGGUCCAAUGGUCAGGGAUUAUGGGAAUUGUGGUCCCAAAACAUCUGGGGGGCCGGGUUUGGGGAUGCCUGGACUACAAUGUCCCAUGAAAGCAAUGGGAACAGUACCUCAGCCUAGAAAGCAGCCUUCACUUAUAGAGUCUAGCCUGCCUGGUUCAGAAAUCAGAAUGCUAGUGACGUAGGAGACCAGGUGCUAGUGACGUAGGAGACCCGGCUACUCUGGAAGUCCUGGUUCUAAAUGUCCCUUGGUGCCUUAUAGAAAAUGAUUUUUUGAUUAAUAUAGGGUUGCAGUGGUUUUUCUAGGCUCAUUGCUCAAGCGUUCAAAUAACCCAUGUUUCCAGUGCCAUGGAGAACCUCACGAGACAGCCAUUGUUUACCCAUGAGCCAUGUUUUUAACUGUGCUAGAGAGGCAUGUAGGGUUUCAUCUGCCAGGUUUGCCCAGACUGACAGCAUAUUAGUUUUACAUAGUAUUCAUUGUUAUAACUUACUGCCUUUAAAUCCCACCUUUUUCUCCAAGGAGCUCAUGGCUCCCCCUCUCCUCAUUUAAUCCCCACCACAAUCCCAUGAGGUAGGUUAGGCUGAGAUGCAGCGGUUGGCGCAAGGUCACCCAAAUGAGGGUUUAAACCCUGGUCUCCCAGGUCCUAGUCUGCAUCACCCUGGCUCACACAGACUGCGCACACAAACCUAGAGGAUACACUGAACAGCACUCUGGCCUGGUAUCAACAUAAAUAUGUACCAUUUAGAGUGGGUGGCUCCCUGCAUUUGCAGCUGUACGUCCUUCCAGGAUUAUGAUGCUAGCAGACCUCAUAAAGCUGCCAGCGUCAGAUCUGCACGCUCUCUGGAAGGGAAUCUGCGGCGGCUGCAGGCUAUCUGCAGCAGAGUUACAUCGUUGAUGGAGUAGGCAGCGCUCUCCUGUCUGACUCACAGCUGAAUCAGUGUCCCAGCAUGGGCUCAGAAUACUGUGCUGCUUCAGGUAUUUGUCUUUUUCCAUGAAGAACUUCGUAUUUCCUAGUCAUUUGAGGUUUCAUAGUGGUUUGUUUUUAAGAAGAAGAGAUGUAAUCUCCCGUGGCAGUUGGUGCCUGGAUGUAAUGCAGAGGUGUAUGUUUAGACUUUGUCUGCCACGCUGGAGAGAAAGGAGGUGCCUGUUACUCCCAAGCCAGGAGUGCAUAAUACAUCCUUUCUUUGUCCUCAGGGGUGUGCCUUUGCCACAACCAUUAGGUGGAAUGGGCCCUUCUGUUUUGCAAUGUCUAUACUGGAGCUUGACAGCAAAUUAUUGACCCUUUACUGGCCAAGCUGCCAGGAAGCGCAGCUCAAUUCUAUGUUAAAUAUUUGCUUGGAGAUAAAGAUAAGUGUUAUUGAUGGAGGCAAAUUUCUAUCAGGGUCGGAGAGUAUGAUAAGACUGCAAUUAACCGCCUGAAGGUGGAACAAUUAUUAUGUGUUAUUCUGUAUAUAAAGUAACUGAGCUGCUGUUACUGGGCCACACUCUUUUUGUGGCUCUAUAAAUACAAAAAAUAUAAAUAAAGGUAUCUUCAGAUUUGUGGCAGCAGGAGGAUAAUGGAUGAACAGGAUAUGUGCUUGUGCAGUGUGGAUAAGAAUGGGUGUAUGAGAAAGAGAAUGACUGGGCGAUUGAGGAGAGAUGCAUCUGAUGAAAUGGAGUGUCGUCCACUGAAACUGAUUCCAUGGUACAUGUUUUAAUCUUUAAGGUACCAAAAGGUUCUGUAACAGAACAUUUGAUGAGCCUGAGUUGAAAUUGCUGCUUAGUGCAAGGGCAGGGCAUCCCUUUCAACCCAAGAGCUGUAUUCCUUUGUGAACUAUCAUCCAGAGGCCACAUGCCAGUAGUGAAUGUGGUCCCAAUUUAGGCAAAGCCAAAUGCACAAUCACACACAUCUGCCAAUCCACUCCAUUUAGCCACGCAUAUGCAUGCACAUCCCAUUCACACUCAGCCGUCCAUUUCUGCCACUCACCCCUCUUUCUCUCUCUCUCUUUCUUUUUCUCUCUCUCUCUCUGUCUGCCACUCCAUUUUCAUUCUCUGCCCCUUUCUCCUCUCCAUCAUCCAUUCAUUCUCUUUCUCAGGCAUCCCUUCUUAUUCACACACCAGAAACAUAUACCCCAUUUAUCCAUUAUCCUCUCUCAUUCUCUCUCUCUCACCCACCCACACCCAUGCAUAACUGGAUUUUUCAAGUUUUUCAGCUUGAGGAUUGUUGUUUUACAAAAGAGCAAGUGCUCUUUCUUCAGUCACCUCCCAUUAUCUGAAAAGAAAGGAGCUUCAGUUCUAAAGGGGAUGCUAUACUAUCAGGCAUGGUGAAUCAGUCUGCCUUGGGCAGCUGAUCAUGCGUAGGGUGGGGUUGGGGUGCAGUAUGAAUUUUCUGCCUUAGGCAUUAAAAUAUAUUGAGCCAUUUCUUCAUGUAGCUUCACUUUCCAUUGUAGAUCUUUUUUCUACUGUGGGUUGUUGUUGGGUUUUUUUUGACGUGGUAAAGCCACCAUGCAGCAGUUUCUUUCCUUGGGAUCAAAAAGGCUGGAAGGUAUUGUCCAAUCAUAGGGUGGGGAGCAUGAGCAGAUCUCAAACCCUUGUCAUUCACACAAAGAUAAUACAUCCAAAUAUGUCUUACACACAUAAAUGUCUUACACACCCAAUGCACAACCCAAUUGUGUGGCUAACUGCCAAAUUUUCCCUAUGAAAUUGACCACAUAUUUAUGGCUGAAUGUUAUUUGUGUAGAGGCCAUAUUUAGCUGCACUAUCCUUAUGUUGAUGGAUGGGGAUGGUGCAUAUGGGGAUGAUGGAAAAGGGGAGGCUCAUUCAGCCUAUGGUGGAUGCCUCAGUUCAGUGUACCCUCACAUAGAUGCAUUAGGGCAGAAUUUAGUUUCAGUAGUUUGGCGAGGCCUGGUAUAAAUACUAGAAUUGUUCCUCAUCCAGAUUUCUAUCGGAGGUAUCUGAUCUUGUUGGCAGAGUAACUCCAUUGAGUUAGUGAUCCACCAAUCUUUCAUUUGUUCAGAAUGCAGCACAUGCAAACUUUGCCCCAAUAUUCAGCUUAUGUCUCUCCUCACCCCCUAGUUUACCAAUGUGCAGCAUUACAUUGAUUAAAUCACCAUGCAGUAAGAAGUCUUGCCAUGGCCACACAGUUGUAUCAGGUAUCCUUUUCGUGCAGCAUUUUAAUCAAUGCACAUAUUUCGUCCUAUGAAUUGGUAUCCAAUUUGAGAUGGGCAGGGAUGAUAACUAGGAUGAACUGCUCAUGUGCCAUUUCCAACAAAGCUUUUAGAACUGGAAGGUCUGGGUGCACAACGAAGGACAAAGCCAAUGUACUGCAGAUAAUAAUGAAAUGCAGGGAUGUGGGAAUCUGCGGCUCUCCAUAUGUUGUUGGACUACAGCUCCCUUCACCCUACCAUUGGCCAUGCUGGCUGGGGCUGUUGGGAGUUGGACUCCAACAACAUCUGUAGGGUCACAGGCUCUCCAUCCCUGAUAACAUGAGACAUCUGCAGCCCUGAUGAAGAGCCUGUUGCCAUAGAAUAGCAUUGUACAUCUCAGGGCAAUAGAAUAUGCACUGUAUAAGCAUUUUGUGUCAACUUUAUGGCAACUCAGAAAAUGUUUGCCCUUCCAGAGGAAAAUGUUUCAGCAUACAAAGAGGGUUACUUUCCUCUCCCACUCUUCAAGGUCUGCAGCAAGGAUGAGUGAGCAUCCUUGAAAUCUUAAUGAGCAGCCAUUAGUGAUAAUCAUGUAAAACCCUUGUAAUAUUGCAGAAUACUGUGCAUUCAUAUGUUGUCUUACAAUUUUGUUUGGUAAUGAAAUAGCACACAUUGCUAACGUACACAAUGUACACAAAGUCUGCUACCCGUCUGCCUAAGAUUAAAGGAGCCCAGGUAUGUCUGACUUGAAAGAGAAACCAUUAGACUUUGGCAUCCUUGUUAUAAAACACUCUGCAUAUAUAUAACCUAUCCAGAAGCUAACCGGCUUCUGCUUCCUUAACCCGAAAUCUAAAGGUCAAACUGUACUUAAGAAAUUAUUUUAUUGAAUUUAGAGCCAGUACCGCCAGAGGGCUAUAAGAUUUGGCAUUAUGUUUCUUAUUUAGGAGCUAAAACGAAAGAAGCUGCCAUUUAAAAUUGGUUCCCAAUAUUGAAUCAAGAUUUCCUAAUGUGGAACAUAUGUGUUAUUUGGUGCUUGGAAGAAUAAUGCAGUAAGGAGCGAGCUAAGAGUAAAAUGGGAAACAUAGGCACCAGGCUUCCAAUUUUUCUUUUUGAACCUCUGUGUCAAAGAGUGAUGGGAGAAGGGGACCUCUUAAAAUUUUUUCCCCUUGGUUGCUUGUCUUGCUCAAAAUACCUCCCAGCUACUUUCCCACUUGCUUGGGCAAAGGCACAAGUACUCAUUAUCUUUUCUCCUAAGGGUGGAAAAGCACUGCAUGCUGGCAGGGAGUUUUAAGCUCCCCUUCCCCUCACUGCUCAAAUUUUGCGGCCUCCUUGCUUUUUAAAAAAUGUAUGAGACUGUUGAAUGCAUCUGCUGCGUAACAUCCAGUUUGGCCUUUACUGUGUUACACUGUCAGGUAUCAAAUGACAGGUGUGUGUUCAUGUUUGCACUAGACCUGAGAUACAUAGGGCCGCCUGAUGAAUGGCUUAGCGGAAGAGACAUUUGAACUAGGGACUCCAUGACUCAGAACUCACCCAUCAUCCUCUCUCAUAAAUAAAAAGGGCAGAAAGAGGAAACUUAUAUUUGAUGGUAAGAAAGUUUGCUCAGGAGCUUAUCAUAGUUUUAUUGUACACGUGUGUCCACAGUAGCAAACAAGAUUGGAUGAUAAGCAAAGAAAAGUACUACAGAGGUGGGGACGGGGGGGCGGUAUCUACCCUGUGGCCUGGUUGCUGUGUGUGUGUAGUUAAUUUCAUUUCCUUUAUCUUGUUUUGAGUAAAAUAGCUAACUUGAAUAGCUUAUUUUGAAGUGCAAAUAUUUCCAGGUACUUACAUAACAGAGAGCAUGAAAGGUGUUGACAGGGAGUGUUGUCAGGUGUGUUUAUCAGCACAGGAACGGAACCUCCAAACCUAUAUUUAGAGCCUUUAAUAAUAAGCUGAUUGCCUGAGCUCCCACAUAUCAAAUAGGUCUUCUGUCUACUUAUUUUGCCAUGAUAUCAACAGCAGCUCAUGGUGUUUGGCGUGGGAUCUAUCUAACUGUGUUGGAUAUUAGCAGAAUGACAUCUGACCAUAUUGCAAUUCCUCUUCUAAUUGGUUUCCAGGAAAGUCUUGUUUUCCCACUCUGUUUACCCGGGGACAUGUGGUCUUUAUCAUAUUCUUUGCACACCCCAAGAUUUGACUACGUAUUGUGUUUUACAUUGAAUUGUACCUGAAAUUCAGGGCUGGCCCAAGGCAUUUGCUGCCUGAGGCAAAGGACAAGAAUCACCCACUCCUGUUUCACAUAUGUAUGCUAACUUUAUUGAUUCUUGCUUAAAUAUUGAUGAUAGGACAGUGUGCUCCAACACACUUGUGGACAGUAGACUAGCUUUGAGGGCGCAGGGCAGGGCAGGUGGCACACGCAGCUCUGUAGGCAAACACCUGCUCACUGCCCAUUGCACAGUCCCAAUACCUGCUGCCUGAGGCUCCUGCCUCAAUCUGCAUAAUGGUUGGACCGGCCCUGUUGAAAUCAGCCAGAAGCAAAAAGAAUGUCACGUAUAGAAUAAUGGCUUUAUCUGCAGCACAAUGGCCGUUGUUUUCAGUAAUUGCAAAUUGCAAAACUUCCACAGGAUGAUGGGACUGAGCUUUCAGGUGCUGUGUAUUCCAGAAGACCUCAUGCUUCAAGCAGCCAGUGUUAUCAGAAACUGUUUGCAUGAUUGCUAUAUUUGUGUAUGGUUAAAUAGUUAAUCAACGGUCAGGUGACUUGAAAGUGUGAAGAAGCAUUAGCAAGGUCUCUUGCCUUGCCUUUGUUUAAUCUAGUUGUGAUAUCACGGUCUAAAUAUCUCCUUGUGGCAUUAGCCAGCCAAAGUUAAGCACUUUAAAAAUUGCAUUGAUUUCAUUGUGAGACGUGGGGAUGUGCUUUGUUCUUUUUGUUUUAACUGAUUUUUAAUUUCAAAUAACAAAACAUAUCCAUACAAAGGAAUACAUAGCUUAGUAGUUGUACAGAAAAUAAAGAAAAAUUGUGGCUGAUGGUUUUUCUCUCAGUUGUUUGUCUUCAUUUGGUUGAAGUCCCAGUUGAUUUUUUUUAGUUUCCAGUUGUGUAGAGGCAGCUUUAGUUACUUCUUCAUAAGUUAUUAGGCGUUUGAAUGGGUAACCCGAUCACCUCCUUAUCCCUGCUCAGAGGCAGACUUUGGACUUUCAAAUUUCAGCAGCACCGCCCCAUCUCUUGCCUUCCACUUUGCUCAGUUCACUAUGUCAUAGCUGCCAUGCCCUGUGGCACCCCCAGGCUUGGCACCCAGUGUGGCAGAACUGGUCAUGCAGCCUUAACUCCGCCUCUGGCCUGCUUCAUGGAGAGCUGUAGUGUAAUUUUUAAGUUCACUUCUGCAUUGCAGUCUCCCUGUGCAGAGAUUAUGGUGCAUUCCUUGGAGGCCAGAUCUGCUGCAUCUGUGGUGCUUGCUGCCCGAGGCAAUCACUUCACCUUGCCUCAUGGGUGGGCCGGCCCUUAACCACAUUAUUGUUCACUUCUUAACUGCAGCUUGUUAGGGAACAGCAACCCAUGAACACUAUUUCAGAUGAAACCCAAGCUUCCUGGUUUGUUUCUCUCACUCACACCAAUUGGGAGGAGCAACUGGGCAGCAUGGUCAAGCAAGCAUCUCAUGUUUAGUAAACCACGAUAAGGAAAGCCAGAAAGUCCAGUUUAUUGUGAUGUGUGAACACGGCCAAUGAGAGUGGCACAGGAUUGUGUCAUUUAGAUACCCUCCCACCAAUGUGAGCAAGGGACAGUUCAGGAUAAAAACUGAAACUAAGACUUCAGCAGGAAUUUUUAAGAUGAAUACUGUAUAUAGAAAAGAAAACAACAAGAUAAGUCAUGGCCAUCAGUCUCACUCAUCCAACAUCCAGCAUUUCCAGAUCCAACUUUGAUCACAGGGAGGCACCAUGGUGGGGUGGGGAGACUUUUUGGCUCAGUGGAUCAUAUAUUUAUCUUCACUCACCCUCUUGGCCAACUUUGACGGGUGGGCAGAACAAGUCAAUCAUGCGACACCACAAUGAUUACAUGUGAUUGACAGGUGGGCACAUUUACUCACCUGUCAAAGGUAGCCUGCUGGGUGAGGGAAAUGUGAUCAGACUCCCUACAUAUCAGCUAAUGUGUAGGGAAUUUAGCCCCGCUCCCUAGCCACAUCUCUACCUGCCCCACACCUGAUGUCCCAUAUGAUGUAAGGUGUGAGGCUGCUGGGCACAGAUUGGGGAAAAUGGCCUGGUGGGCCAAAUGGAGAGAUUCUGCAACCCCGAACAAUGGUUUUCAUAGAGAAACUCAUAUUGUUCCCCAGAACAAGUCUAUCUUGCAAUCAAAUUAACCUCAAAACUCAUUUCUAGUAUAUUUUGAGCUAUGCCUUCUCACACUCAAAUUUUUGGUUUCUCUGAAAUUUCCUAUUGUGGUAUUUAGAUUUGCAAUCUAGUAUAAUUUUCCAAUAUUCCUUUUGAGUUCUAGCAAAAAAGUUACUGUUUUAAAUAAGCAGUUGUUUUUUAGCUAAGUUACUGUCUGACAAAACUCCUUUUUCCCACAGACAUUUUGAAAAAUAAUACAGGAUGUGUAUUAAUUAUAUUUCAUGUUUAGAGUAAGGCAUGGCUCCAGGUUCAGCAUGACUCUGUGAAUGCAUUUUUAAUAUAUGCCUAAAAACCCCUAAGGAAAGGUGUUCAAAGUCAGAACAUAAAAGAAUAUAUGUCUUCUAAUUAACAGUGACUGUAUUUAGAAGUUAGGCAUCUUGUUUUCAUUAUGUCUUUGAAACAUUUCCUUAGGAACCAUGAGAGGUGUUUUAUAUGUGUAUUAUUACUAAUGAAUAUCUUGGCAUUAAUUCUUACAAUUUCUCAGAUUUCCCACUUCGUAGCAUUGUUCUCCAAGCAGUUAGCUUUUAAAGCCACAAUAAAACUGAAGCAAGGUACUCUUCCAAUAGAGUGUGUUGACGAAUAAUUUCAUGGCCUCAGACCAGCUAGGGAAUUCUCUAUGCAAACAAUUAUUAUUAUUAUUAUUAUUAUUAUUAUUAUUAUUAUUAUUAUUUCCUUCAUCCUAAGGUCCCAGGACAGGUUACAGUAAUAAAAACACAUGCAUUUCCCAAGGGUAAUCAUGAAGCCACUUUUUAGAAAUCUGGAAUUUCACUGAUCUGCUUGGGAGAGAGAACAAAUGGAGAAUUGAAUCUGGUCCCCACCACCACCACUCCUCCUCCUCCUCUGCUAAACAGCUGAUUGGUGAGAUCCAAACUUUUCAACCAGGGCCAUGCAUUUGCAGCCUCCGCUGCUGCUCUGCUUAACUGGGGCCCCUGCCUGAUAAUUUCAAAGCCCAUCAGGAAGUCUUUAAAAAGGCAGUCUUUAAAAAUAACCUUUCCUACUGCUAUUCCACUCAGUUAUAUCAUAGUGUAAAUGUACACGGGACAAAAUGGAUCCUGUACUGUAGGCAGCUCUAACCAAAGAGAAAAGGGCAAAGAUGUACCAUAAAUGUAAAAUGUUCCAUUUCUUAAAAUAUGUGUGGGUUUUUUUAGAGCCCUGGCAGCCAAUGUUCUGUACAAACUACUGUGAAAGAAUUUAAAGAAAUGGUUUCAGCACAUCAUAAUGAAAACUCUCCCACUGCUAACAUUUAUGCUUUGUUCUUCUAGGUGUUCCUUACUUCACUGUUGAGCCAGAAGAUCUGUCUGUAAUCCCCAAUACUCCUUUCCAACUAUUUUGUGCUGCAGCUGGCCCACCUGAUCCGGUAACAAUUGUCUGGUGGAUGGGCGAUUCCAAAGUUGGUCAUUCCGAUGUCUCCCCCUCCACCCUAAAUGUGCCAGGUAAGGCUUCCUCCUAGGAUAAAUAAGGGCCUUAGAAAAGGAGUGGAGUGGCUGAUGAAGAGACCAUAUAAAUUGCACCAGUGUCAUGUCGCUGGUGUUACGUGAGACUAAAAAGCAAGUGAGUAUCUAGUAUAGUCAUACCUUGGAAGUCAAACAGAAUCCGUUCCGGAAGUCUGUUCGACUUCCAAAACAUUCGCGAACCAAAGUGCGGCUUCUGAUUGGCUGCAGGAAGCUCCUGCAGCCAAUCGGAAGCCGCAGAAGCCCCGUUGGACAUUCGGCUUCCAAAAAUAGUUUGCAAACCGGAACACUCACUUCAGGGUUCGAGAGCCAAAAUGUUUGAGAACCAAACUGUUCGAAAACCAAGGUAUGACUGUAUACAGUAGAGGUCACCAAAGAUGAGGUUAUCUCUGGUAAAAUUUCCUUGUGGGGCAAACUAGAUAACCGCAGAACAAAUACCGUAUUUUUUGCCCUAUAGGACACACUUUUUCCCCUCCAAAAAUGAAGGGGAAAUGUGUGUGCGUCCUAUGGGGCGAAUGCAGGCUUUCGCUGAAGCCUGGAGAGCGAGAGGGGUUGGUGCGCACUGACCCCUCUCGCUCUCCAGGCUUCAGGAAGCUCUGCGCAACCCUCGGGAGACCGGCGCCACUUCGCGCUCGCCUCCCGAGGGUUGCGCAGAGCUGCCUGCAGUCCCGGGGUGAGCACAGCUCUGCUCAGCCAUCGGGAGCAGGGCGCAAAGUCGCGCCUACCUCCCGAUGGCUGCGCAGAGCUGCCUGCAUUCCGAAGCCUGGGGAGACCGGCGCGACUUACCGCUGGCGUCCCUAGGCUUGCAGAUAGCAGGCUGUUCUUGGGGCUGGGAUUGGGGGAAGCUCCGGCUUCCCCCGCGCCUGGGGGCGAAAUAAUUUUUUUCCCUUUAUUUCCCCCCCCAAAAAACCUAGGUGCGUCCUAUGGGGCGGUGCGCCCUAUGGGGCGAAAAAUACGGUACACCUUCUCAAAAAAACAUACUCCACUCAUUCUAGGUAUUCUUCUUGGUGUAUAUUUUUGUUAACAGAUUUAAAUUUUUUCCAAUUGGUUUAUCAGUUCUAAUGCCUUAAGCUGUUCUGAGUGCUUCUGUUUCCUCCAGCAUGGCUAAAAGCCAGCCCCAUUGCAGCUGAAGGGAAAUAUAAUAGAACAGAGCAGCAAUGGGAAACUCGCAGCUACUGAAACAUUCCUAUGCAGUUGAAUGAACCUUGUUAGAACUCUAUGGUCUAGCUAUACAACCUUCCCAGACCUUCGUACUGAAAGGAGUAGAGGAAGGACUUGGUACUCACUCAGCAGUGUAACGUGACAAAAACUUUCACCAGAAACUUUCUCCCCCAUUUUGUCCUAAAGUCAUAGACAAAGGGUUGAUCCUACUGAGUCAUCAGAUUUCUUGCAUGUACCCUCACUAUUAUGAUCUCCUUUAUCCCAAAACAACAGCAGUUAGGAUGGUGAGUUCGAAGGCAGGCCUCCUGCAGCUUUAAUAAGUUGGGUAGAGGAAGGAAUUUCAGCAAGUGCAGUUUGCAUGAAAGCCCAUGAUAGAUGUAGCAUGCAUGGAAAGCAAACACACACACAAAUACACACACAGGUUAUGUGUACAAACUAACACAUAACCAUAAAAACAGAAACAGCAUUUCAGUAUAAAACAAAUCACAGAGAUGCAGUUACAUACAGUCAAGCUUUUAAGAUGAAUGUAUGUAGACCAACCACAACAAGGACUGAGUCAUGGGAGGAGUAUUUAUAUAGUAAAAAAAAAAAAAUAGAGACCAGUCCGCAUCAAAACUGCUCAAUUUGGCUUCAGCCCAGACUACAUAUUUUUGUCUGACCAGACAUUCAGAUGAAGCAAUGUUACAUACAUUAGCAAAUAGAACUUUUGAUGCUUUCCAGUAUUGGGAUACAGUGGUACCUUGGGUUACAUACGCUUCAGGUUACAUAUGCUUCAGGUUACAGACUCCGCUAACCCAGAAAUAGUGCUUCAGGUUAAGAACUUUGCUUCAGGAUGAGAACAGAAAUCGUGCUCUGGUGGCGCAGCGGCAGCAGGAGGCCCCAUUAGCUAAAGUGGUGCUUCAGGUUAAGAACAGUUUCAGGUUAAGUAUGGACCUCAGGAACGAAUUAAGUAUUUAACCCGAGGUACCACUGUAUUACCAGUCUGGCUGCUGAUAGCAACAUAAACAAUUGAUUUUUAUAAGUUAUAGGACUGACAUUUGUGUUCUCAAGAAAGAAGGGCCAUGGAGCUUUGCAUGUAGGUUCUUUCUCUGAAGGAAGGAUCAGAAGGUGAACCUGCGUGUGCUUUCUCUGGGUCACGCAGUUCCUGAGGCAUGCAAGAAGAAGCGUGUGGGUGUGGGGAGCUGGUGUUGCAGGAAAGAGCAGCAAAAUGUUUAAAGGAAAUAAUAAUUAGCCUAGGGGGUGGGGAAGUGGGGCAGGGCCAACAUUUCAGCAGUCAGUUGAUUUAUCUUCAAACGCUGGAUUGCUGCACCUUCCUUAGAGCAAAGUGCCUGCAUUUUCUUUUUGUACCUGGAAAACACUGGGGACAUUUUGGGUGUUACCACUGUCAAAAAAAGCAAUGCUCUUAGUAUUGCUCGAUCUGUUAUCAGCCAGAAUAUAUCACCCUGUGUUUUAAAAUGUAUCUUGUCAUCUCUCUCCAUCGUUUGAUCUUCCACUCCUACUCUUAAUUUUCAGCAAGGAUAAUGCAAGCUUACUUCAGACAUGCUUUGUCAGUGCAUCACGCUCCUAAAAUGCAGCCUCAGCUACUGUUUCAGACUCUGGUUUGUCCCGUACCAAGGACAGUGAAGCAGGCAAAAGCUCAGAUAGAAACUUCAGAAUCAUUUCUCUGGCAAGCUUCACCAGGAGUCUCCCAAUUCCGCUUUUUAAUUUGAAAUAAUCGUUUUGUCUUUCACAAAACUAGAGACAUAAAAAGUAAACUAGCCCUUAAAAUAAUAAUAUUGAAAAACAGAAUAAUACAUUGAAAAAGAAACCUAUCGUUAGCUCUCAAAGUCAUCUGAGUCCAGUCUAAGGACCCAGUUUUUCUAAACAACAGUUUUGUGCUUCCUGUGAGCAGGAUGUCAAUAAUGCUGAGUUAGGUGGCAUUCCAGAGGCCUUGUUCUUUAUCACUUAAUCCCUAUGUGUGUUAAAGGGCAAAGUAAACAUUCCAAUAAGUAUUCCCUUCCUGGCUGAGCAACCUUCAGUCCUGUCAUAAUUACAGGCACCUUGAGACAUUGUUGCUCGUCCAGAGAUCCUCAUAUAGCUCACUUGCUACCAGCACUUUCUUUGAGCAAAGAGAAAGCCUGGUAUUUAUGGUUCCUCUGGGUGGGAAGAUUGUCUGCAGCCAUUUUGAAUUGCUCUUCAGAUGUAUGGCAACCCAUGUCAGAAGUGUAGAUUUUGGCGAAUUACUUUUAAAAAAAGCUCAACAACUUUGGGCAAAACUAAAAAAAAAAACCAACAACCUCAACAACUUUUCUGUCCAGAAUUUUCACUUUUCAAAAUGUGGUAACCCUACAAAAUGGAGGGACCUGAUUUGAAGGCCUUGGUUCAAAUGUAGUACUUGGUGUAGUCUAAAUGGGGGCCAUUGUCAUCUGAAUGUUGUUAUUGUUUCAGUUUUGACAAUCUGAAAGGGCGGUUUUCUGCCUUGUGUUGAAACCCUCAAUUUUAAAAGACUAUUUAUAUAAACACUCAUAUUCUGGUGUACAGACAAAACCAAAAUCCCUUUUCAGACAUUUAGUCUUCUGCUGCUGCCCACAUGAAAAAUAACGUUUACCUGAAGUGUAACUCUGGGAUUAAAUGAAGGCUGGAUUCCUCUCCCUCCGCCACCCCUUCCAAAGUACUGUAUAUAACUACUAAACUUGGCAAAAGACAGAUGCAGGAAAAGUUGUGCUAUUGUGGGGCUGGGGAACCUUUGGCCCCUCAGAUGCUAGACUACAACUCCCAUCAUCCCUGGUCAUUUGCCCACGCUGACUGGGCCUAAUGGGAAUUGGUUCCCCCAGCCCUGUGUUUUUGUCUUUGCUGGUUGGGGAGGUACCAGUUUUGCAGCUUUGUACGCUCCAGACUCAUGCCCAUAUUAACAACCAGAAACCUACCGUGUGUUUCUAGACUCUUAGACCAACAUUACACAGACACAUUAAUGGUGUGUACAUGCAUUCCCCAAUAAAAAGCGCAAAGCUGAAAAUAGGAAAUAGUAAUUUGUUAACUGCAGCUAGUGACCUCUUUCCCAGAGGACACAAUUAGUGUGCCCUUGGAAGAACGCUACAUUUGUGUGUAAAUGCUUACAAGGAGCACUUCAUUAUGACGGAGACAAAAGCACUGAUUUCUGUGACUGCCGAUUAAAUAAUCCUGUUGCCACUGAGUUGUGGAAUCUCAGUGGCGUUAAUCAAGCUGCAAUGUAGUCAUCAUGCCUUUGGACAGAGAGGUGCCUGUUGUUUCUAGUGGAGGUCGAGGGUAUAAUUUGAAAUCAGCCAGAGACCUUGGCCAGGCCAAGCAUCCUCUUUUCCUAGGCAUUGCACGAACAAAGGGAUGGAGAGCAUACAAGCCUUAACUUAAGAGCAGCAAAACAAUAGGAGAGAGUCCGGCCAAGGACAGCAGUGAGAUAACAACAAUGAGAGAGCUAACAGCCUAGUACUUGGGCUGCCCUCCCCCCAGCCCAUUCCUGCCCUUCCCUUUCAUAUUUUGCAGAAGGAGCUUCCAGUGCAGGCUUCUCUGUGCCACAUUCCUUCUGUUUUAUAAAAAGAAAAGAAAAAACCGAUUGACAUGUUAAUUACACCCAAAUCCAUGUGAGUUUGAUCCGCUUCCAGCUCAGCCCCCAAAAGUUGCACAUAGAGAGAAAGAGUCUGAGCUGCAUGUCAAACAUAAUUGAAAUUCUGCUUGAGGUUGAAGCUGGGGGAUUAUUAUACUGUACAGCAGUUUUGUGUGCUGGUUUCUUAUUUUUUUUUCUCUCUCUCUCUCUCCCCCUUCCCCUCCUGCUCUCCCACUUCUUGGCUGUAUUCCAGGUAUUAAUCAAAGCACAGUUUUCUCCUGCGAAGCCCACAACAUAAAGGGACUGUCUUCAUCCCGGACGGCCACCGUGCAGAUUAAAGGUGAGAGAGAUCCUUCCCUGUUCUUCCAGGGAAGGAAAUUGAAUGGACUGUCAGGAGUGGGAAGAAAGCAGGGAAAAACAGUUCCUGUUUCUCCCUCUUUCCCUGCCUGCCUGCCUCCCUUCUACCCACCCCCCCAACAGGAACAGUUUUGAGCUGCUUUCCAGCAGUGCCUUCUCUCUCUCUUCUCAGCAAAUGAAAUAAAGCACUGUGCUCACUGUUUGGUAUGCGGGCCUGUGUCCCUGCAGCAAAAUUUGCAAUCAAAACCAAACCCCAACUGGCACAGGAAGGGAAGAUGUGACACGAAAUCGCAGAUUUUCCUUGAACCGGGGCAUCAGAACUGUUUGUGGGAGGAAGGUGGGCCACAGUGAUGUCAUCUGCAGAGGAUGAACAGGGAAAUCUUCCUUUUCUGCACAAGUUUGAUGCCUUCGUAGCAAAAAUACUACCCCAAACCUUCUCCUGUCUUUUCUCCUCUCCCCUCCCACACACCCACACUCCCCCCCCCCCCCCCGCGCAAUACAUUGGCAUCUCGUGAACUGCAGAGAACAGGAGGAGGCAGAUCACCGUGAGGGCAAUUAAAUUUCAGGAAUGUUAUGCUUCUGUGGAUUUCUGUGCUUUGCAGUGCCAAAGCUCUCAUUUAAAGCUGGUAAUUUGGAGCCCUAUUAAUAAUUUUUGUUCCUUUCACAACUGCUACUUUCCUGCGGUGUUUCCUCCCCUCAUAAGAAGCUAAAGUAGCUGCAGGCCAGGAGGGACUCACACUCUUUCUUAUUUUUAGGGCAAAUCUACAGCUUUGUUUUAGUUGGUUGGUCAUAUUUUUUAGCAAUGCAAAAUGCGAUUAGUUCAUUUUAUAUGGGUGCAUUGUUGUGGAUGAGGAUUAUCAGAACCUUUAUUUUCAAAGGGCUGUUUCUUUCUCCCCUCAUUUUAAAAAAAUGGCUUUGCGUUUUUUUGUUUUGUUUAUUUGUUUGUUUUUGCUCGGCCCACCAUUGGAAUGUGGCCACUGAGUCAAACCAUUGUUGUGUCUUCCCCCAGUAUUGUCCACUCGGACCAUUUAAAAUACAAAAUAAAAGAUUCAGAAGGUAAAACAAUAAAACAGUAGAAUUCUCUCAGACUGAUGGUGGUUUUUGCAGGAGGUGAACUUCCUGUUCUGACAUCAAUGUAUUUCACAGGCCAUAUAGGUCUGAUAAGCAGCACUGUGAAAAUGAGGAAGGAGCUGUUCCAACUGAAUUCACCCAGGCCAUUGGUGGUCUUUGAUGCUUCUGGCGUGAGUCCUCAGGCCUGGGCUUCUCAUCAGCAGAUCUUUUGGUAGUCCCUCAGACGGUGGAGAGGGGCUUCCCCACCUAGACUCUUUCAGACUAUUGUUGGUUCCUUCAAGAGCUGAUGGUGUAAGCUCCCUGGCUUCUCCUCCUCCUGACAUAAAUUCCUGGAGGAGGCCAGGUGAGGUGAAUCAUCUCUUCAGUUUGAAAUCAAUAUCCUUCCUCAUCCUCAGGCUCUCUUUCUGAACCAAACAGUUGGAGACUGCAGCUCAUAUCAGCUACCCAGCAGCCAUUGGAUGCUGAUGGUGGUUCAUCUGCAGUCUUCAAAUUGCACCUGUGGGGCUCUUUGGCUUCCUUGACCUUAUACCAAGGAUAUCCAAUGUGAUGCCCCCCUGAUGUUGUUAGACUGCAGUUCCCAUCAGCCUCAGCCGGCAUAGACAACAGUCUGGGAUGGUGGGAGCCCUCAACUACUGUUACUUCCUGCAUCACCUGGAUAUGCUAAGUUACUUGAAUUUGUUAACAGUUGUAAAGAGAUCAUAAUUUAAUGGUGGGACAAAUGCUUUGCACGCAGAAGGUCUCGGAUUCAUUCCCUGGCAUCUUAGGAAAAAGGAUGUCAGGUAAUGGUGAAAUCUUCGCCCGAGAUCCUUGGGAGCUGCUGCUAGUCAGAGCAGACCAGGGUUUCCCAAACUUGGCUCUCCAGCUGUUUUUGGACUACAAUUGGCACCAUCCCUGAUCACUGGGCCUGGUAGCUAGGGAUGAUGGGAGUUGUAGUCCAACAACAGUUGGAGACCCAAGUUUGAGAAACCCUGGAGUAGAUAAUACUUAGUUUGAUGGACAGUUAAAUCUGAAGGCAACUUCCUAUGCACCUGUGUCUUGUUUAUCACUGGAGAAGCCCAGGGUUGAACCUGUGGUGUUCUACAUGCAAAGUGUUGUUACAUACUCCUUCCAGAAGCUGGAUACUGUUGAAACAAAUUUCUGGCCUUGACGGAACUUUGGCUUGAUGCAGCAGAGUUCUUUGUACAUUCCGAGGAAUAUACUGCACCGUGCCCACCCUCAACAUAAAGGACCAUUGUUACCAAACAGAACUGGGACUGAUUGCACUGUCACACAUGUUGGUGACAAAACAUUUGGCAGUUAAGAAUGUAAGGAGAGAUGAACGAGUCCAAAGGCCUAUGCAGUCCUACAUUCUGUUCUUACGGGAGCCAACCUGAUGCGUAUGGGAAACCCAAAAGCAGAAGGUGGGCGCAGCAGCACUCUUCUAUUCCGUUCAGGGUAAGCUGCAAGAACACCUUUCUUUUUUUUUUAAGAAUAAUUUUUUAUUAACCGACCAAUCACAUCAAAUCAAACCAAAUUACAUAAAUUCCAAAUUACACAGCCGAAUUUUAAAUUUUUGUUGGGGGUACCCAUAUUUCAAGUUCCGAAGGGAUCCAAUCAACUUCUUGCUUCUUACUGCUGUUUUAAUGUCCACAAAUCUAACCUUAUGAUGUUCACAGUACUAUCCAGUCCUUUCUUAUUAUUUUUCCACAUCUCUUGUUAGUUAUUUUCAUAUAUUUUUCCUUUCUCUUUGUGACCUCUGAUAGUCUCCAUGAAGCUGGUUAGAACAGUUUGUAAUCCUGCGUGGAUAUUUUUUUUAUUAUCCAGUAGCCAUAUCCAGACAUUUUCCAUAUAACAUCACUUCCAUACAUCAAAACAGUCUUAGCGUCAUUAAUCUUCACCAAUCUGCCUCCUUUCUCAAAACCUCUGAGGAGAUUCACUAGGAAUGCAGUCUGAAAACAAAUCCGUUCUUCCUCCCGGCUGUAAAUCCUUUGGCAAGAUGGCGACUCAGAUUAAUUGCUGCACCAUUCCCAAAAGCUCUUAUUGCUUCUCGGUCUCCAUAAAGCAUACUUUUGGUUAAAGUUUAUCUCCACACAGACCUUAAUCAUCCUGCUUGGGUCAGUUCAACCGACGGUUCUAAUGAGGAGGGGUUCUUGUAAAUCACAUAGAAGGAAAGUAAAAAAGGUUUUUCCCCCCCAUUCAGCCCCAUUGUCAACAUACCCCGCCUUUGGUGUAUCUUCAUCGUAAAAUAUUCUUGUUUCUCCAGCCUGUCGUCUUCUUUCGCAGAGGUCACUUAAAGUAGCAGACUUCACUCCCCUUCUUCACUUGAAAUAUGUGCAUUUGCUUCUUUUGUAAUUAAUUAUUCCAAAUUGCUGCAACUAGUGCGCGAUCAGAGACAGCAUCCAGGAGAGCCGAUGUCCACACGGGGGCAUUCUGCCUAGGGGCCUCACCCCCUUCUUUUGAAUUAGGGGGUGAUUUAUGGGCACAGCAGGCAAGGGCAGUGUUCCCCAUUUCCUUGGGGCAACAAGGGAGGCUGCCUACUCCCAUAACAGCCUCUUAAUUACCCUGUGUGGGUCGGAGAGAUGGUAUUGUCGGCCAUCUUCCAAUGCGCCCCCUAGUGGCCCCCGCAAGAACACCUUUCUUCCUUCUCCCUAGAAGCUUGCUGAGAGAUAAAGAGAUGCUGCCUAUUAGGGCCAUAUAGGUAGAGUUUAUAGCCAUGUUUACCAAUCUUUGAAGCAAGACAAAGGACAGUGCUGCAAGGAAACAAAACGGAGAAUAAGGGCAAAGUGGAUUUAUGGAGAAGGAUCCUGGCAAGGUGUGGGGAACCCUUUCAAGAGAAAGUGGCAGCAUGAAUGGAACUGCUGAGCCAAGAGUGGGAGCAGGAGAUGACGGGAGCAGGGAAGGGGUGGGCUGGAGGGAACAUAUGGAGUGAGAAGAUUGGGAGUAAAUCAGAGGAGCGAGGGCCAGAGCAGUAAAAGAAGCGAAGGGCAAACAGCCUGGGCUGACGUGGUUCAAAGACAACAAAACAAGCCAAGGAAGACAUUGCAGAUGGCUCAAAGCAGGGAGUCAUACGCACACAUGUCGUUUUUCCCAAGUGCAAAUCCUCUGGGUGAAGUCCAAGGAUGCCAUUCUGCAGAGGCAUCUGCUAACGUAAGAGAAAGAGAGGCAAUUUCCAUUCAUUCUCCCUUCCCCUUUGAGCCCACUGCACCACCUCCCAUGCUCCAAAUCUAAAUCUGGAACAGAUUUCAGUGAUUCUGAACCCAGCUUGGCUCCUGGAAAGAGAUGCGGCAGGAGGAAGCUGUGAUCUUGACAAGCUUCAUCUGUGGCAACUCCAGCUUUUUUAAAAUUUUGAUCAUGGCACAGUUACACAAGACCUGGUCACUUCAAGAUUAAAUUACUAACACAUCCUACAUGGAGUAUGAAGAGUGUUCAGUAGCUUCAGUUGGUGUACAUAUUAUAUGGACCUGGAAGUCCAUCAGAUGGACUUUAAAAUUCUGCAGGAUUCACAACCUGUGGUUUGACUUGUACACUAAUCUCAAGCCUCUUCUGUGUUUCACAUCUCUGAAGUAUUAGCUAUUUGCAACAUCAGCCAUUCCUCCUUCACCACUGGCUGGUUCAACACUGUACCUGGUUCCGCAGUAGGCUUCUCCUGUUUUUCUCCCAUGUGAGCCUAGAUUUUAAGUUUAAGUACUGUAAAGGCAAAUGAUGUGAUUACUCCUUUAAAGCUAAGCGAGUCUCGGCCUGGUGAGCUGCUUGGAAGCCUCAUGUGAGCUCUGAGCUUCAGAGUGGCAUAUAAGUGCAACAAAAAGAAUGGAUUUUGGCUUAGCACUAAAGCAUUUAAACGUUGGUAAGCCACAUGGAUACAUAUGUGAAUGUACGACACCCAACUGCUUUGGGUCCAGAAUGACAUUGUAGUGGUUGUUUAAUAAGAGGAAUAAGACAAGUUUGCAUUUGUUUUAUGAAAUUGGCCCAAACAUACCUAGAUCUACUUGGAAUUCUUUUUUUUAAAAAAAACAACCCCAAACCCAAACCUGUAUACUUUCGGUGUUUAAAAUAGGAAUUAGUGGAAAUCAACUCCCAGCAUAUCAGUUCUACCAUCUGCCUAUUAAAAGGACUAGGCUUUGCUUCCACGUUCCAGCACCCCUGCUCCUCUGACAAGAGAGAUGCUAUGCAAAGGUUUUAGGAACUUCAGGCUAGCACUGCUUGCAUCUCAGAUUCCACAGCAGAAUGUUUUGAGAAGUGCCUGUGUCAAAUGUUCUGUGUUUGCUUUAUCUGUUUAAAUACCAAACACUGAAUAAAGAGAAUAAGUUAUUCAGUGUUAAUCAGGAUUUAUAAUGCCAUGUGCAAGCCACCCCUGUUCAUACAAAGCUUGAUUAGCACCUCUCAGGGACCUUAUCCAAAUUCCCAGACUGUAGCGUCUGCACAUUUCCAUAUAAAUAUCUGCUCAGUUCUACAUAUGCUAAACAGCAUCCGUCCUUCUUUUUCAGCUCUCCCCUUUCCACCUCUCAAUGUGACAGUAACUCAAAUCACCAGCAACAAUGCCAGUAUCACUUGGCUGCCAGGAUUUGAUGGCCGUUCUCCACUUCAUUCUUGUACAGUUCAGGUAUGUGACACGUGCAUAAUACCUCCUUGGCCAAAGCAAAUAGUCAAACCCAGGAAAUGUUUUGCUAGAUAGCCCCUUGCUUUGCAUGUCUGGGACCCUGGAGGCAGGGCUUUUCUACCCAGAAAUUCUGUGGGCAACUGGCCUCAAAGGAUGCAGUGCUUAAUUUGUGACCAGAGCAGCAUGGACCAAAAUAAACUACUGUCUUGGAAAGACCCUGCAUAGGAAGAUAAUCAAGUGUCAUUGCAAAGUUCUAGUUUGCUGUACAGUGAUGAUACGAUAUGCAUGCAUAGAGCUCUCCCAUGCACAGAAUGAACCUGGACCAAUUUGAAUCCCUCUCCCCUUGCAUGGAGGAGUGCUGUGUGAUGGUACAUGCACAGAGCCAUUUCUCAGGCACGCUGAUGAAUCCCACUUGUAAGUUCUAGUAGUACAUAUUCCAUGCGUUCAUAGGCAAAAUAAAAUACAUAAUGUCCCAUUUUAUUUUUAAUUUGGGGAACUGUCCUAUUGAUGGUCAAGAGACUUCUGCUAUUUUUAAAAGGACUGCAUCCAAUGACUAAUAAAGUAUAUGUAAUCGCUGCCUCUGGUGUUUUACAAUUUUUUAUAUAAGGUGUAAGCCACCCAGAGUGACUGGGGAAACCAAGCCAAAUGGAUGGGGUAUAAAUAAUAAAAUUGUUGUUGUUAUUGUUGUUGUUCCCUAUAUUGAUACUAUACAUAUUUUACGUAGUCCUUCCCCAGUGUUCAGUGCUGGCAUGAGACUAAACCUGUGGUCCCACGUGCCUCAGCUUUAGUGCCCAGAGAAGUCUUAACUUCUGAUGUAACUUACAGCUCCUCCAGAUAACCUAUUUAUUGAGUAUUCAUCUAGAUUUUCUUGCAUAAAGCUUAUGUGAAACCUGUGGCUCAUCUUUUUUGGGCAUCUCUUGUGAUGGGUUUGCAGGUAUGCAACAAUGAGCAUUCAUUCUGAUUUUACUGACCAGUGUUUGUACAUCUUCCCAAUAAUCAUUAGUUCAUCCCAAACUUUUCAGUGGAUUUCUUCUUCAUGUGAAAAGUGUGUUUGUUUGUUUGUUUGUUUGUUUGUUUGUUUUAGUGGAUCUGUUGCACUUUUAAAUUUCCAGUAUGUGCUUGAAUCCCUCCUGUCUGACAUUCUGGAGGUGACUUUACAUAUUUUUGAGUUGGCAACAUGCAAGCCUAAAUGGCAGUUCAUUGAUUGGUACUUUAUUGCGGGUUGCACAGCAGUUUGAAACAAAUGCACACCUGCAUAUUCCUGCAUUGCAGGGGGUUGAACAAGAUGAUCCUCAGGAUCCCUUCCAACUCUGCAAUUCUUUGAUUCUGUGACUGAAUUUCGGUGUUUAGAAUGUGAGCUGAGUGGAUUCUGUGCAUUGUCCAGCAAGUAAGGUAGUUUUAUGCUUGCUCGACAAGUGCUUGGCUGGCAACUUGCCCUACAUUUGCAGUGCCACUGCAACCGCUGAACAAUGGGUGUUGGGGAGAUCACACAGUAAGUAAGGCUUAAACUGCAGACUGAACACGUGGUGAAGCAAUUAUGCAACCGCUUUAGUAAGGCCAGCUCCUUUUAACUCACGUUUUCUCUCAUCAUGUCAAGUUGGUCCAUUUAACUGAUCUUCCAAGUGAACCAAUUCACGCUGUUCUCUGGUGUGCUGUUGUCAGAGAUGAGUCAUAGGCACAGCUGUCAAGCAAGAACUACCAGCCAGAACCAAUAAAGAUCACUCUUGCCCAGGCAGAGUCCCAGACUAGUUCUCUUUGCCCAUAGUCGGCACCUAGUGCGGAAGCAGAAACCAAGGAGUUUUGAAACUUUUUAAGUGAGCCCAGAGGAGUUCAGAAAGAAACUGUUAACCCAGCAAGGCUCCAGAGGAGAUUGAGAGGCUUGUAUCUUCACUGCAAAUUCCUCCUUCUCCUUCUAAGAUUAAUCUACUGGGAUCCUUGUUCACAGCUAAGUCUUCUUGCUUUUUCUGAAUUGAUCUUUGCACCCAAGGUGACACUUGGGCACCCAGGCACCUUUCAUGCCAACUCUGAGAUUCCCACUGUGUCUGCUGCAGCUUUUGCUCUUGGAGCCCAGGUGGCAGAGAGGGAGAAUCAGUGACCAGGGCACGACACAGAUAGAUUAUUGGAAGCACAAGCAAGACGUUCGUUUGGGACUUGUUCGGUUCUCCCGGGUCCUAAUUUGCACUGGGAUUCUCUGCAGGGCCCAAUGGUGGGAUCCUGACACCCUUCUUGCUGAGGAAAGCUUGGGGGCACAGAAUCACUCAGAUACCUGGAAACCCUUUAUGGCCUAGGGGGGUGGUCCAACUCUUUUCUUCUUCUGCAUAUGGGGCACCUAUGCACAGGACAUCUCUGGAUCCCAGGCUCUUGGCCCAGCUCAUCAUGACAGCUGUCCCAACAACAUUCAGUUCAUCCUUAAAAGAUGCGAACGGUUAAAAACAGCAUGAUCUCCCUGGACUCUCCCCGCUUAUUGCGUCAGAGAGUGGGUUCCCUGCACUGCCACCAUUGUCAGCAUUCUGCCUUGGAAGGGAAUUAACAAAAGCCCAAGGCAAGCGGCUGAGGUGAUCCAGCUUCCUUCUGCUUCGGCAGGGUUGCGGAAGGAGCUUGUGCAUACUACUUGCAUGAAAUAAAAGAACCCAUUGAGAUGGCGAUGAUGACAUGAGUCGUGACUCUCUGCACACAGCGGCUUUGCUCUUAUUUCUCGCACCAUUUCUGCUGCUGCCGCUCUGCUAGAGAGGCUCUGUCUUGACAGAUUAGAAUGAAUUUCCUCCUGUGCAUUGGAAUGCCACGCUUGCCCCGCCGAGUACAGCCUAUUCUUCCUGGUUUGCACGUCCACCAGUCACUGUACAAUGCUAAUCUGUCUAGCUUCUGAGUCCUUCCCCCAACCUUCCUAUUUCUCUUUUUUCUUUCUUUUCUUUGCAACCGGUGAAGUGGGGGAGGGGCGGAACAAAGCGAGAGCAGCUCAGAUUUCAACCUCCUCAGGCAGCCUCAUUUUCCUAAGCUUCCCAGGCUUUUCUGUCCCAUGCUGGAAGGGAAAAAGAAACAGGGAUUUCACUCUCCAGUCAGGCUUAACAUGACAGCCACCCUCAGUUAUAGGGCCUUGGGGAAUGGCAAAAUGUUGAGUACCUCUCAGCUCUGAUUUUUAUUUACAGGCACCCUUGUCCACAGACCCAUAUUUCUACCUGCCUCUAACUGACAGAAUGUUUGUCAUUCUUGUAAGCAAUGUUGUUGUUUUUUAAGCCAAAAAGUGGUACCCACACUUUUAACAUCUGGGGGGGGGAAGGUGCCUGUUCUUCAUACCCUUGAGUACCUGCAGGAAAAAAGCAUUGCUGGUAGCGCUGGAGACAGCAACAGUUCCCUAUGUCAUGCCCACACAGGAACACCACCCCACUGUUUGUUGUUAACAGGUUUUAUAGCUUCACAGACCUGCACUGUAUGUUUGACCAAAGCUGGCAAUGGGACAAAACAAAUGUGACUGUACAUCAGGAGCAUGGUUAAUGUAGUGCCCUCCAGAUGUUGUUGGACUGGGCUUAUGGGAGUUGUUAUCUGAACUGGAGGGUGCUGUGCCAGCUACCCUUGCCAUUCACCAUAGAAAACAAUAAUUCCAUCAUAUCACUUUCAAACAAUAGUUUUUAAAAUGAUUAAGAUUCUCUCUACAGUUCAGUGUGCAGGUGUGUGUGUUUUUUUUUUAAAAAAUUAGGCAUACAAAAGUACUAAGUCAAAUUAAAAGGAUCCAAGAUCCAAACCCCCCAUUAUCCUGUGUGGAAGAACACAGCUACAAAUUGCAUCUUAUUAGAUAAACAGCAAAAGAUAAUAGUGUUAGAUGGGAGGAGUAUUUCCUUCUGCUAACUGAGCACAUAAAGCCAAAUCCAGAUUCAGAGUGCUAUAUCAGGGCGAACAAUUAAGUUCCUCUAGAAAUGCACAUAACUGCAAGCCUUGAAGGAACGCUUAUUUAUUUUUUGUUGAACUGUCACUUCAAAAUGUAGCUCAUUUAUAGUCUUCCUUCUUCUGUAUCCUUGGUUUGUAAGACAGUUUUGUUGAUAAUGAGCAGUUCCCAGAGUCUAUCAUACCGUUGCUGGACAGAUGGAGUUUAUUGCUUUCCCAUUUGUGCAGUUGAUUGAAGUCUUGCUUCAAUUAGAAGAGAGAGAAAAAAUGUGGGGAGGCGGAAGGAACCAGUUUAAUGCCAAGGGCUGGGAGUUGUUUUGUGCCCAUGAGGCUCAGAAAGAGUAUCUUUGGGCUUUUGGGAGGGCUGCAGUUGGUGAUGAUGAUAACCACCUUCAAAACUCUUGGGUCAUAGGGGAUGCCCUUUAAAUGGGACAAAAUGUUCCCACAUGCCCCAGCAGGUGUCUCCCAGCCAAGAAGUUAUUCUAGAGUUUUUUGGUUUGCUUACAGCCUCUAGCAUUUUGAAGAAUUAGUCAUUGCAUAUCAACGUUUUGAAGCCAAGAUUAUGUGAAAUGUAUUACUUGUUGGAUGCAACUCUCCUAAAGAUUUAUGGCAUAAAAAAGAGUCACUUUAUGUUAAAUCCAUGAGAGUGUAUUUGGCUUGUGUGUUCAUAUCUGCUUUAUCUCCCUUCUGCAACAGGUGGCUGAGCUACAGGAAGAUGACGUUUCCACAGAAGUUGUCCCUGCCCCCUCCUUUUCCCAGGCUUUUCCAGGAUUAAAGCACUCUACCAAUUAUAGUGCUCGGGUCCAGUGCACUAAUGAACUGGGCAGCUCCCCUUUUACAGACUGGGUCUAUUUUCAGACCAUGGGAUUAGGUAAGAACAUGGUUUCAUGGAAAUAGUGAAACAUUUUUCCAUUAAGCUAUGCAGUUCUGGGGCAGAAAAACCAUUGAACAACUUGACCGCAUCUCCCAUUGUAGUAACUAAAUACAAGAACCAUAUAAUUCACAUGGCUGAUUCAAACAACCAGCCAUCAGCUUCAAUUUUUUGCCAUUGUUGUGCCUUAGACUGUAGUUUACUCAUGGCAAAUCAUGUGAGGGUGUUCCUAGUUUAUGCAGGUAUAAAGGUGAUGCUGGAGUUUCCCAGUAUUCACAGCUUAUUCCAGGAGAGAAAAAGAAUCUUAGAUGUUCCAGGACCUCAAGAGUCCCUUUGGUGAAUUUGCAAGGAAACUAGCAAAUGAAAUGGCUUUUUGCCCUAAGGCUGUUCCAUACCUCUCUGUCCCUGAGAGUUCUCUCUCUCUCUCUCUAACAACAGGAUAUAUGUUGUGAUUUUCUUUCCAUUACAGCACCAAACAGUACUCCACAAAACGUACACAUUAUCCAAAGAGAUUCUUGUCUGAUUUUGGAAUGGGAAACAAUGGCUCCAGAAAUGCAUAGGGAAAAUGCCCUCGGAUACAGGUUGGAGUGGAGUCAAGAUAACAUCACUCAGGUAACAGACUGAGCAGCAUAAACAUUGCCUUGGUGGAUCAGAGCAUGGUCCAAAUUCUGUUCUAACCUAAGCCAGCCAAACAUCCCUGGGAUCUCACAAGCAGGUCAUGAUAAUGAGGACCAUCCAUUGUUGUUUGUCCUAGUCAUUUGAUAUACUCAAGCUGUGUACACACUAUAACUUAAAUGCACAUUUGAAACACACUCUUUCUAUCAAAGAAUUCUGGACACUGUAGUUUACCCCUCACAGAAUUGCAAUUCCCAGCAGCCCUUAACAAACUACAGUACCCAGAAUUCUUUGCGGGAAAGAAUGUGCUUUGAAUAGGCUUUAAAGGCAGCACUUUUUUUCAGCCGGAAUGUGCCUGUGAGUACCAGUGUGUUAGGCAGAGCAACUUGGAUAGUAGAUUCAUCAGGAGGAAGCUGAUAAAGGCUAAUCAUACAUUCUGGAUCAAUAAAAUUCAUCAUAUUCUGUUUGUCACAGACUAUUCCUUGUUCCAGAUUUGCCAGGCAAUAUCUUGAGCUGUAUCUCAAAUUACAGUGGUACCUUGGGUUAAGUACUUAAUUCGUUCCGGGGGGCCAUUCUUAACCUGAAACUGUUCUUAACUUGAAGCACCACUUUAGCUAAUGGGGGCCUCCUCUGCCACCGUGCCACCAGAGCACGAUUUCUGUUCUUAUCCUGAAGCAAAGUUCUUAACCUGAAGCACUAUUUCUGGGUUAGCGAAGUCUGUAACCUGAAUCAUAUGUAACCUGAAGCGUAUGUAACCCGAGGUACCACUGUACCAUCAAUUAUAAAAGUAAAUUAUAAAAUUAAUUCAGAAUGAGAAAUUUAGUGCUUAGGGAAGGUUCUAGACCAGGGGUAGUCAACCUGGCAUCCUCCAGGUAGUGGUGGAUUCCAGUUCCCAUCAUCCCUGACCAUUGCCCAUGCUAGCUGGGGCUGAUGGGCGUUGUAGUCCAGCAACACCCUCUGGCAUUCCCUCCCCUUAGAUAUUUGACUGGCUCCGUUUCUGUUAUCUUUUCAUGGCCUACUGAAGACCUUCCUCUUUCAACAAGCAUUUUAAGUUGAGAUCUUUCCCAGACUGCAUCUGCGUUGGAAUGGUUUUAAAGAUGUUGUUAUUGUCAUUAUCACUUCUUGUUUGCUGCCCUGGACUCCUUUGGGAAGAAGAGUGGAAUAUAGAAAAGUAAUGAAUAAUAAAUAUCAUUACAGCACCAUAUUAGCUGCCUGUGUUCUAGACUGACAGCUUGGAAAUGAAUCCUAAAAAGCCACGCGCAAGUCUUAGGAAUGGGUUUGUGUCAAACUGGAAGGUGGUAACAUAUGUUAUCCGCAGUCUGUUCUGGGUUUGAUUUUGUGCAACAUACUCAUUAAGGAGUGGAGAAUUUCCUCCCCACCCCCCCACCCCUCUCCUAAUGCGGCUGUCACAGAGUUUGUAGGCACUACAAUAUGACAAAGAAAAAAAGAGAGAGCGAUUACAAUCCCACAUCUCUUCAAGUAUUUAUUGUACCUCUGCAGCUAAGCUUGCAUUGAUUAUUAGGAAUUUUAAUAAAAGUAAAAUAAAAAAAAGCAAUGCAGGCACAAUAUAUUAGUAUACAGUGGUACCUCGGGUUACAUACGCUUCAGGUUACAUACGCUUCAGGUUACAGACUCUGCUAACCCAGAAAUAGUGCUUCAGGUUAAGAACUUUGCUUCAGGAUGAGAACAGAAAUUGUGCUCCGGCGGCGUGGCAGCAGCAGGAGGCCCCAUUAGCUAAAGUGGUGCUUCAGGUUAAGAACAGUUUCAGGUUAAGUACGGACCUCCGGAACGAAUUAAGUACUUAACCAGAGGUACCACUGUAAUCGGUUUUGGGAAAUCUCAGGGUUCAGAAAAUUGUGGAGUUGCCUAAAAGUAUACCUGCAUUCAGGGAGCCUUACAGCUUCCUUGUGUGGUAUUAUAAGCAAGUGCCAAAUGAGUGCUGAUCACCAAUGGGUUUUUGUUUGCUUGCUUGCUUCAGGGGGAAAUGAUCGUGCAGGAGACGAGAGCCAACCUCACUAUGUGGAAUCCCUUAAGAGAUCUUACCAUCAGGGUGUGUGUACUCAACUCAGCAGGCUGCGGGCCUUGGAGUGAACCCUUGCUGCUUACAGCUGAAGAUUUAAUAGGUGAGUUGCAUGUGCUGUAAGCUUCUUCUUUUAUAACUGCAUCUUCUCCUCAAGGAAAAUAUUACAUCACUGUUAGUACUGUGCUUGCAAUGAGCUGCUGGUUGCCACUGUGUUUUUCUAUCUCUGCUCUUCCCAGCACUUACAACUGCAUGUGUUGCAUUUUUAAACGGAAUGAGACCGAAGCGGAGCAAUCUAGCAAAAGCAAAGCGAAACAAACUCAGCUGCAACUGAGUUGAAAAAAUCUGUGCAUAUGCGUUGAAAAAUCUAGUUCUCAUAAUCCUUACAGGUUCCUCUACACCUGGGUUUUGUGUUAAUUUCUAUACACUGAAGGUUCUGUUUGUGGAUUGUGGGGGAUUUGACUGUGAACAAUAAAGUGUGUAUAUAUGGAUGGAUGUACAUUCCCAGUGCUUUUUUUUUCUUAAAAAAUGUUUAGGGGUACUCUCAUUUUGACUCAAGAAAAUCACCAUUUUAUAGUUCAAAUCUGGAAAAAUAAAUACAGUAAAAGGACAAAAGGACAAAGAUUAAAAAAUGUUUAGGGGUAUGCGUACCCCUGCGUACCCCCCAGAAAAAAAGCACUGUACAUGCCUAUACAGAAGUGCUUUGUGUGUAAUAAUUCCAUAAGGUGUGAAGCAGGCCAAAGCUCUUUGAAAACAUAGGAAAUGGGUCUUACACCAGUCCAUUUAGCUCAGUGUUGUUGACAUUGAUUGUCAAUGGCUCUUAAAAGGUUUCUGAAAGGAUUAUCUCCUAGCCCUGCCUGGAGAUUUUGGUAGUGAACUUGGAGUCUUGUGCAAGCAAAGUGUUCCCUACCACCGGGCACUCCAAAUCUGCAACUCUUAAUCCUGUGCAUGACGGUUUCCGAUUCCCUACUUAUCUGUGCACUGUGCAUGGAUGGCACAUUCAGCAGUGAGGAAGGAGCUUGGGAAAUCUUGUACCACACUGCACUUUCCCCCCUUUCAGGGUUCACUGUGCUGCUUCCUCCCCCAUCCCUACCCAAAAUUGUUGUUCCUUUUUUCCCUCACAGACCUUUAAAUACAUAGACACCCCUCAGGGGUUUUUUUUAGUCUUAAAACCACCCUUUCUUCCUUUGCUAAUUAUGGUUCUUCUUCAUAGCAGAGAGCGAAGCAAUACAAAUAAACAUCUUCCACAGGUUCGAAAAUGUGACUGAUGUCAAAACAGGGCUGAGAGAUUGUAGAUGAAGGCAACAAUCUUAUACAAAGUUAGGCGCUCUCAAGUCCAAUUAUUUCAGUGGACUUAAAACACAUUCUCUCUCCCUCUCCCUCAGCCUGAGGCUUCUUUGUGUCCCAGCCACAGCCACACCUAACACAGUAUGUUGCUGAGCUUAUAAACGCUUGAAAAUAAAGCUUCAUUAUGGAAAUGCUGACACACCAAAACUAUAGAUCUGUAAAAAUAAUGAAACUUUGUUCUACGCUUGAGCCUGGUGGAAAAUAAAAAUUGCUUACUUUCUAGAAUUAACCAGCUGGUACUGAAUAGGCAUUUCCAGUUCCCACUGCGUGUGAAAUAUCUGGGGCAGCUUGUUAGCAUACGGGUGGGGAAGCUUAUAAAAAGAUUUAAUGGUGCUGUUUGAGGAAACCAAAUGCAUUCUUAUUUGAAGCACCCUCAGCCUGCACCCUCAGCCUUGCGCCCUGUUCCUUCAGGGCUGUGGGAAGGGUCUAGUAGGCUCUUUCUGUUGCUCUCAUCAGUGUCAGCAACAGAAAACAACUGGGUGUAUGUGUGGCACAGGAGGGGCAAGGUAUAUUUUUAGGUGGGUGAGUUGUGUCCCACAUGUUAAGAUCUCUGAAAGAAAAAUAACAGUAUAUUUUAAAUGGCAGAAUCUAGCAAUGGGGAGGCAAAUGGGGGCAGCUCCCUGUUCGUGGGGCACUUGUCUCCCCUGCCCCCUUCUAGUGCCACCUGUGGCUAUCACUACUACUGGCACUGUACUGUUGUGUCAUUUAUUUCAUGCCAAUCAUGUUCUUAAUGCAUCAGAAGGUCCUUUUUCUGAAUGGCAAUGUGCCCAGUCUGUUUGAAGGCACUGCAUUUGGCUGCCUUUGUCCCGUCCCAGUUGAAGGAGCGUGCUGUGAUUUCCACAGGAACACUGGAGACAUUUUAACUUUGGAAGAAUAAUAAUAAAUAGGGAGCUUUCAUGCCUGCCCCCUAGCAAUAGCCACCAAGAACAUGGGGUAGAGAUGUGGGUUCUCACAACGCAACAGCCCCAAUCCACAUGGGAAUACUCCCAAAGGUGAUGACAUGCGCCUGGCCCUCAGGUACUUCUGCAAGUGAUGCUAAGUGCAAGUUUUUGUAUCUACAGUAAUUCUGACUUUAAACCAACACACAAAACUUGUGGGUUUAAAGUGGCAUGUAACGUGUGAAGUAAACAUUUUUAAUGUAGGAUGAUGCAGUCUGGAAUGGAGAGCUUUUUUGGGUUAAGUUCAAUAUUGAGCUAGUGGACAUUUUCCUGUUGUUCUUUUUAGCAAGCAUGGUUCCAGGGUAAGGGCUAGAGACUUCCUGCCUCCAUAUAGAGCAGACCGGAGAAUGAAGACCAUUUGUUCCUGGUGCCAGCACCACAGGUGCAUUCCUGAUGGCAAACCUCCCACUUUUGCCAAAACGAAACAAAAAAAUCAGAAAUACUGAUUUCUCCUCCUGGUGUUGUGGGUGUGUACCUUUCACACUAAGCACAGUAAUGAUGUUGCUUGUCUGCUUCUUCAUUGCUGAGAUAGAAUUCCACCUUACUCCAGCAUUUCCUGGUGAAAAAUGCUGCCCGUCUGUACUAGUCCCACAAUUUAAAUUUUUAAAAUAAAAACCACUGUCUGUAUUUUAAGUGCAAUUUUAUUAUGCGUUCUUCGUUUGUGUGUGCAAGUGUGGUCAAUCUCUCUCAAUUGCCAUCUGUUGGUUGCACAGUCUUAAAUGUUCUUGGGAUCAAUUGCAGCAUAUUUUGCAAGGUUUGGGGGGGGGAGAAGGGGGCUGACCAAAGACCACCCAGCAGUAAUAUACCACCCACUCCUAGCUUUUCUAGAGUGAUUCUGGAGGUGAAAGUUGCUGGAAUUUAAAGGGCACAAAAUCAGAUGUGUAAGUGGAAAGGGAAUAGAUUGCAGCAAAUCAAGGGAGAAUAGAGUACAGCCCAAAUGUUCUGGUAUCAACAUGAAGGUGUACAAAAUAGAAAGGUGAAUAGAAGCAUCUCUUAUGAGAAAAGCAUUGGGUGGAGAAGAGUGAGGCUGAAUAUAGCUAGGAACAGUAUUAAGGAUAUGGACAUCUGAGUGGAAUGGUGUCAGGUAUCCAUGCAUCUGAGGAGGCUAAAUGGAUUUUCCUGUCUACAGAUACAGUUUUAGUAAGAUUGUAUAUUAGCCAAUAAAAAUGGACUGGCAAAGAACAAGCAUUGCUCAGUUUUUCCUCAUCAUCACAUGUCUAGGGCUUUUAUAGCUUUAGUCUAAAUUGGGAUGCUUACAAAUUGGCGGAUUUCAUAAUCUAAUUUCCCCCACUUUCUUUAUGCUGAUAUUCAGAAGGUCUCUGGGGAUGUUAUCUUGCACAGCCUUAGGGUAAGAGAAUGGGAGGGGGGACGAAUAAGUUAUAUUACAGCACUCCAAAAUAUCUGCAUAAUACUGUGUGCCACAACCGAAAAACACUCCAUGCACAAAAGAUGAGGGGGGAAGUUUCCCUCUCUUUUGCUGAUACAACACAUUUUAACAGGAAAUUUCCUAUGCCCUGGGCAGCUCGUAUGCAGAUUAUUCCUGCUACAAGUUCCUUGUUCUGCUAAGAUUUCCUUGUUCUCUUCAAUAGCUAAAGGCCAAUCCUAAAAGGCUGCUGCAAUUGCAUCUGGGAUUGAAAGCAAGUUCAGUAGCGACUACUUGAGUGCUGCUUUCACAGACCACAGUAGACGCUUCCAAAAAAAUUGUGCAAUCCCUGCACCCUCCAUCCCUACACUCAUGUAAAUUCUGUCAUUCUUGCUUUUAUAUUUUGCUGGAAUUUUGUAGCAACCUUAUCCUGGCCCAGCAAGGAUAAGGUAAACACUUCAUCAGAUUCUGUUGAGGCUUUGGGCAACGAGUUUCAGCUCUUAGUUAUUUUUAUUUAUUUACUAAGUGUAUAUCUUGCCCUUCCUCGCAAAGGAGCCCAUUGAUCUUCAGAAUAUGCUCACCAAACCUGGAAUUUGUAGUUAGGUUUUGAAGAUGGUUGGUGGCUGCCACUCAAAUGCUGGGAUGUCCUGUCACAACAAGGUACACUCUAUUGCUGUAACAUCUUUUUCAGGUUCUUUGGGACAUGGCAGAUGUGUCUGCUUCUGAUGUUUGAGUACUUACACUGUGGAACAUGCCCAUUUUAAGAUGGAUUACUUUGAGUUGCAAUUUUCUAAAUGUGAUUUCCUACUGUCUCACUGAGGAUUUCUUUUGUACACAGGAGGACAGAGACAACCUCCCUAUGGCACAUCCUGGGUCCCUGUAGUAUUAGGCAUUCUUACUGCACUCGUCACAGCAGUUGCCUUGGCACUGAUCCUGCUGCGGAAAAGAAGAAAAGAAACUCGCUUUGGGCAAGUUCUUGUCAUCAUCAUCUCUUAAUCUGGAUGCAUUAAUGCAACCACAUUGCAUCACAGGGUUGCCCAUAACUAUGUAGCAACUCAGUUCGGAUUGAGGGAAACCUCUCCUAUUUACAAAGUGGAGCUGGCUUUUAGAGCAGGAAAACUGAACAGGGCAAGAAGGAAGUGCCAUGGCCUGUGGCAGUGGCUAGCACAAGGAUAGGGAGCCUGCAGUCCUCCCCAUGUUGUUGGUCUCCAAAUCCCAUCAGUCCCAGCCAGCAUGGCCAGUUGUCAAGGAUGAUGGGCAUUGCAGUCUAGCAACAUCUGGAGGGACAUGGCUACCCAUCAUUGGCCUGAUAAUGCAUCGCAGCUGGCCAAUAUAGCUUGCUCUGCUCUGAUCAUGCUACAGUUUGCUGUUAGAGACAGUAGAGGGAGGAGGAAUAAGGGGAAGAGAGGGAGCUGUAUUGGCAACCUGGACAAGAACGAGCAGCAUUGUGGGUGCUUCAGUAGGCCCAGUGUUUCUUGCUGUAGCUCAGUGGUAGAACACCACGCAAAGGAAUACAGAGAGAUAAAGAAACACAGCUCACAGAACUCUGUAUGCAAUUAUAAUUCAGUGGUAGAGCAUCUGUUUUGCAUGCAAGCUCAAUCUCCAGCAUCUCCAGACCUGGCUGGGAAGGCUCCAGUCCAGGCUACCUCAACCUCGGCCCUCCAGAUGUUUUGAGACUACAAUUCCCAUCAUCCCUGACCACUGGUCCUGCUAGCUAGGUAUCAUGGGAGUUGUAGGCCAAAAACAUCUGGAGGGCCGAGGUUGAGGAAGCCUGCUCCAGUCUGAAACCAUGAAGAGGUGCUGUCAGUUAGUCAUUGUAGACAGUACUGAGUACAGUGUACCAAUGGCCUGGUAUUCAGUAUAAAGCAGCUUCCUUUAUUGCUGGGGUGGGUACUGUGCCCGUGCUCCUCUUCAUUCCUGAAGCCUUUGGAAAACCUGAGGCUGGAAGGGCCUGCCCAAGGAGCUCAGACCUUUUGCACAGCAUCACUAAGAUGAAAUGGUUGGAAAUUCAGAGAGUUUCUAAGCUGUUGUAAAUGUAUGUGGAACAACAAUGCACCUUUGUAGCACUCCAGUGAUAGUUCGGUAAUGAGAUUUUCAUUUUGCUUCUUUUUGCUUCUUUUAGUCAUGCCUUUGGCAGUGUGGUGGGAGGAGAUCCAGUCGUCCAUUUCAGAGCGGUGAGAUCUUUCAACAGAGAAGGCCCAGAGCUUAUUGAGGCAACAUGUAGGUAAAAUGUUCUGAGUGAUUCUUUACUACAGAUCCCAUUGAUCCGAUGAGUUUCCAAGACUCUCAGGGCAAACUGCUAUUUUCUCCCCUGCUACUCCAUGCAAAAUUUUCUCAUUAUUUCUGUCAGACACUAAACGUUCCUCAUGCAGGCACUAAGAAAGGAACACAGUGAUCUCACUGACAGACUUUGACAAAAGACUCAUCUUGCCUCAGAUGUAACUUUGAAAUCCACCAAGAUACUAUAGUCAAAAUCCCCUAUCUAACUCUGCAAUUUGUAUAUUGACUUCUUCAGCAGGCAAAUCAUACAUUGCUGGAUUGAGAUGGAGGCAAGGGAAUAUUUUCCUUCUCUAGCCUAAUCCGAACUAUGGUUUAGAAACAAAAUGACAAUCCUAUGCACAUUAACUAGGGAGUAAGCCCCAUUGACCAAAAUGGGCCUUACUUCCUAGUAAGUGUGGCUAGGAUUGAGUUUCAUGUUUCAUUGAUUUCAGUGCGGCUAACCUCCAAAUAAACACGCAUAUAAUUGUGGCCCUAGAUUUCACAAAUUGUUUAAGUUAUCAAGAUGUACUGUACUGCAAUAAUAAGAAGCCUCGUCUCUCAUAAGUUUCCCAACAUCCAAAAUAAAUGGGGGGCAACUCUGCUUUAAUUAUCAUGGUCUGUUGCAUAUAGGACUGGCUUCAAGGACCAUCAACUUUUUAGUUUUGGUAGCCAUGUUGUGAAAUACCUUAUAUGAGUAAGCUUCCGAGGUCUUCUUUUGCCACUUUUUGGAGACUGAUUAACAUUUCUUAUUCAUACAGACAUUUAAUUAAUGUUACUUGAGUUUAUCUUGGUUUGGUUGCUGCUGAUAUAGCAUUUAAAGUGUAUUAACUGGUUUUAUUUUUUGUUAGCAACUUAGACAUCCCUUAGACAUGACCUAGAUAGGGAAUUUAAACCGGAAGUGUACAAAAUAGCCUUUAUAAUAUACCUCAAGUGGAAGUUCAGAUAGUCCACAACUUCAAAGAUCUAAUGGUUUCCAAACAGCUGUGAUUUAUCAUCCGCAGUUUGCUUCUCAAAUGGCCGUCUGUCAAACGGACUGGUGCAAGUCUGAUUCAUUUUUGCUGCUUAAACUUUUUCUUAUUUCCUGUUAGCUGUUUAAGAGAAAUUCUCUGAAACUUUAGCACUGGGCGGUGGUGCAAAGCAAGGAAAUAAAUCUGGAAGUUUGAAGCAUCUCGUAUUUCAUAAGAUUAGAAAAGGGAAUUGCUGUCACAGCAAUCGUGAACAUACAAGUAGCCCAGAGGCGGGAAACCAGAUGUUAACUGGACUUCAGCUUUCAUUAUUACUGACCUGUAGUCAUGUUGGCUGAGGCUGGUGGGAAUUUGAGUCCAACAACAUAUGGAGGACCAUAGGUUCCCCAUCCCUAUACCAGAGAGGAACAUCCUCUCUGAGUAGAAAGGAUGAGCAUCUUUCAAAGUCAGUGUCUUAUUCAACACCAUCUGGAAACCUCGUGAUUCUAGGGAAUAGCAACAGUUAGGUUUACUGAGAUUCUGUGCUUUCAUGCCCCUUUUUCUAUCUCUCUUGUUUCUCCAGUGGACAGUAUAGGUAUCAGUGAUGACUUGAAGACCAAACUGAAAGAUGUCCUGAUCCAGGAGCAACAGUUUACUCUAGGAAGAAUGCUAGGCAAAGGUGAGUGUGAACCAGAGCCUGGACCAGGGCUGGGGAACUCGUGGCCAUCCAUAUAUUGUUGUACUCCCAACUUUCAUCAGUCCUAGCAGGCUUGACCAAUGGGCCUUGGAUGAUGGAAGGUGUAGUCCAACAACCUCUGGAGGACCACAUUUUCUGCACCCUUGCAUUAUUGGGAUUAAUCCCAAUGUGGCUAGAAGCUGUCUUUUAUCUGGGUCUUAACAAUAAUUCUGUAUAUCCUUUAGUCUGCCCAAUAAAAGCAGUGUAGAGCUAUGGUUGGCAGUUUGAGGUACCCUGGGAACUUGAGAAGUCAAAUAAGGGAAGAGAUUCCUCAAAGGAAAAGGUAGAGAGUACUUUGUAAAAUAUAUGAAAAAGAAGGAGAGGAACGGGAGGUAAACAGAGAGCAGAAAGGUUGUUAGGGGAAAAGGGGAAAGCAAUAAGAGCCAGGGCUAAAGUUGAAGAAAGGUUUAAAGGAGAUGACUGCUCUAGCUUACUGCUUGUCCACCAUGUCCUUGUCCACCAUUCGGUAUUUCAUUGCCUGGUAAAGAACCAGAGGCACAAUGCAGCCAAAACUGAGCUCUUCUAACUUCCAUUGAUUUUGGCUGACUUUGGUUGAAUUAUGCCCUAAGUUCCCGCUGGCUCUUAAUUGUCUAUAUUUCCAGAAAAGAGAGAGAGAGAGAGAGAGAGAGAGAAAGAAAGAAAGAAAGAAAGAAAGAAAGAAAGAGUAGAUUUGAAUUUCAGUGUGAUAUUGCCCCUUUGCCUCUUUGAUAUUGCCUCUUUGAAAAUCAUUCCAGCAGGUGUUUCAUUGGAAGAGACCCUCUACCUAACCACUCCAUCCUUAAUGGCCCCUUGGAUUAAAAAUCAAUUGCACUAUGCUUAAUGUUACCUUGUUCUCUUCUUGUGAUCCUUAUUAGGGGAAUUUGGGUCUGUAAGAGAGGGUCAGUUGAAGCUGCCUGAUGGCUCUCUCCAGAAGGUUGCGGUGAAAAUGCUCAAAGGUGAGUAAUAUGUAGGGUCCCUGAAAUGUUCCCAGUGCCUCAUUGUCACUACACAUCUUACUAUGCCUGUGAUCCUUGGAAGGGUCCAUAGUUUAGUGGUAGAGCAUGUGUUUUGCAUACAAAAGGUGCCGGAUUCAAUUUUUAUCUUAUUUUAAUAUUUAUCAAAUUCAUAUACCUCCCUUCAUCCAAGGAUCACAGAGUAGAUUACAAUAUUAAACCGCAGAAAUACAUACCAAAAUAACAAACAAAACAAUAACAAUAACCCAAUCCACAGCAUCUCCAGGUAAAAUGCUGCCUGCCCCCAAGAAUCCUAGAAACUGUGGUUCAUUUAGGGUCUCCUAACAAUUCUCCAUUCCCUUAACGAACUACAUUUCCUAGGAUUCUUUGCAGGUACCGUAUAAGUCAUGACUCUUAAAGUGGAAUACGAAUGUUUUCAAUGUAUCUUGUGGAUGUGGCUACAGGUUUUUAAAAAAAUGGUAUUCUAUAUAAAUAUUUUAGACAGUCUUGUAAACCCAGUUAGAGCUCUUUUGUCCUACUGCAUUAUAUGAAUCUUGUUAAAUAUAUAAAAUGUGUCUGUAUGAUUCUCAGUGGAAACGUUUAAUGAAGGGUAUCCGACGCUUCUAGGAGCUCUAACUUUUCUGCUUGUUUCCUUGGAAGUUACCCCCACCUAGUUCAAAAGGAAACCUCAGCAUUCUUUUCUUUUAUUGUAGCGGAUAUCUUCACCUCCAAUGACAUUGAGGAAUUCCUGAGGGAAGCUGCCUGCAUGAAAGAGUUUGACCAUCCGCACGUUACUAAACUGAUUGGUGAGCUCUUUUGCAUCUCGUAUUUAGCACCCAAAGCGUAUUUCACAGCUCCUGUGCACAACAGCUCCUGACAAUGCCAUCCUGGCCACUUACCAGCAGCAAGGACAGUGGGGCAUGGGCACACUGCCCUUGCACCAUCCCAGUUAGCAACAGUCAUGCAAGUGGCGGGAGAGUGGCUCUGUGGCACCACCCCACCAUGCUAGCCAUUCCUAGCAGUGCUAAACUGGGAGACGGCAGCAUCAACGUCAUGUACUGCCCUGUUUUGAUACAGUAUAAAUUCUCUGAGAACUUACAUGCUCUCACAUUCCAAAUGCUCGUAACAGUACAGUGGUACCUUGGGUUAAGUACUUACUUCGUUCCGGAGGUCUGUUCUUAACCUGAAACUGUUCUUAACCUGAAGCACCACUUUAGCUAAUGGGGCCUCCUGCUGCCGCCGCACCGCUGAAGCACAAUUUCUGUUCUCAUCCUGAAGCAAAGUUCUUAACCUGAAGCACUAUUUCAGGGUUAGCGGAGUCUGUAACCUGAAGCGUAUGUAACCCGAGGUACCACUGUACACUGAUUCUCUUCUCUGACACUCAUUUCUGACAACAAAUAAACAUUAUAUAUCAGACAAUUACAUUCACUGCACUGUAGACAGAGAUGCAUUAGGUGAGCAGGUUAAGAAAUGGGACAUCGGAGCACACACUAUCCUGUUGCGUUAAAUGGGAAGUUCCUGGGUUCAAGGGAAGGAAGAAGAAGUCCAUUUUUGGAUUUAUACUAUAUGGCACUGUGAAGUGCAGAGCUUUUUCUGACAACAACUUAGAGGAGAAUGGUUAACAUCUGGAAACGCGUUAAUGCUUACACAUUCUUGUGUAGUAAAUAAAAAUAGAUAUCACUGAACACAGGGGCUGGAUCAGACCAAAGGUUUAGACAUUCAGCCCUCCAGAAAAAAUAGCAAUGCAUUUUUAUCAGAUUAUGAACAAAGGAGUACAAUCCGGUGCCCUCCAGAUGUUUUGGACUGAAACUUGCACCAGCCCCACUUAGUAGGCCAAUGGUCAGGGACGAUAGAAGCUGUAGUCCAAAGCAUCUGGAAGGCAAUAUGUUUGGGCAGGUGAUCAGGGAUGACUAUACUUGCUAGUUGCUCUUUUCUUCUCUCAUAUCAGGAGUCAGCUUGCGCAAUCGGCCUAAAGGCCGGCUUCCAAUCCCAAUGGUUAUCCUGCCGUUCAUGAAGCAUGGAGACCUUCACUCUUUUCUACUGAUGUCCCGGAUUGGAGAAAACCCUUUUGUAAGAUUCUCUCUCAUACCAGAUCUCUCACAGAAGAAUUAAUUGGAAGGUCACACGUCUUUAUUUGUUGAAUGUACACUAUGCAUCUUCUUGUAUUGGGGCAGACCUCUUAUACUCUGCAUUAAGUUCAGGCAUUCUACUUAUUGCUGUCAGCUGAAGACAAGUUACAAGCUUUGUUCAUUGCUCAGCAUAUAAACAUGUAAAGCUCAUCCAGGGCACCUCCAGACAUGUGUGUGUGUUUGCAGUUGUGUUCUGCAACAUUUAUUAAAUGCAAUGGAUGCAGUAACAGUGCAUUAGUUGUGGCCUUAUACUAGGCAGUCCAUACACCAUUCUGCUUUAUUAGUUCUGUGUUGAUUCCCCAAAGUUUUAUGCACUAUUGUUGGGAACUACAGCACAACAAAAGCAGGUUGAUUAAACCACCAGAACAUUUGUGAUAUAAGAAGUUAUAGGAUUUCAGCAGGAAGGUAUGUGAACUGCACUGACUGGAAACGAAACAGAAUGCCUGCCCUGAAACCUUUGCAGGGGCAAACGGUAUUGAGUGUGGGAUCCCAUGCAAUUAGCACAAAACCAUGAUGAGCACAAAUAAUCACGCUUGCACAAUAAAAGGAUGCCCAGAGGGGCAUGUAGUCAGAUUGGAGCUAGCCACUAAGAUUGUUUAAAUUAUAUAGUCCUGUGGAGUUCCAUUUUUCCUAACCCAGUUUCUCAUACAAUGUUUGCAACACAUUUAACUGAAACAUUUCUUUGAUGUGUCUAGAUCCAGCCUGGCUCUUCUAAUCAGAGUUUGUCAUCUCUGGAGUUGAUAACAAAUGGGAAAAUGCCUGAACAUAGCAUGGCGAAACAUCUGCAGUUUGUCCAAUAAUUGGACGUUUAAUAACUGUUCUUCUUUUCUGCAGAACCUGCCUCUUCAGACACUCUUGAAGUUUAUGAUUGACAUUGCUAGUGGCAUGGAGUACCUGAGCUCCAAAAACUUCAUCCACAGAGACCUUGCUGCUCGGAAUUGCAUGUAAGUCCACAAAGUCCUUAUUGGUUAACUGAAGCAUUUGCAGAGAUUAAGAGAAACAGAAAAGCUCAGUUGGGAAAGCCCAAGGCUCCCCAGGUGUGGCUGCAGCUGACUUAAGUCCAUGAAGGAAACUAGGUCAUGGAGAGCCUUUGUGAACAAUGAAACAAUUCAUUGAUUGCUUAGCUCUUGCAGGAGAUCCAAACAACAUUGCCUGCUGCUAAUGCAUCCAUUGCAGGAAAGUUGCAAUUUCCCAACAUUUAGACUAGUAUUUUGAGUUGACAAGGAAAAUGUGAUUUGCCUCCCUUCCAACGCCACAUGAGUGCUCUGAAAACGAUUGGGUGGGGAACUUUUGGCUGUCUAUAUACGUCAAAGUGCAAGUAGAUAAAUAGGUACCUCUCCAGCGGGAAGGUAAACGGUGUUUCCGUGUGCUGCUCUGGUUCGCCAGAAGCGGCUUAGUCAUGCUAGCCACAUGACCCGGAAGCUUUACGCCAACUCCCUCGGCCAAUAAAGUGAGAUGAGCGUCACAACCUCAGAGUCGGUCAUGACUGGACCUAAUGGUCAGGGGUCCCUUUACCCUUUACCUUAUAUUACUUGACUCCGGCCCACAUCAUCCCUGGGCACUGGCCAUGCUGGCUGAGGCUGAUAGGAGUUGGAGUCCAAUAUCAUCUGAAAGGCUACAGACUUCCCUUCCCUGCGCUAAUAUCAUGGAUGCAUCUUUCACACUUCUCCAUGGCAUGAGCCUCACACCUUCCCAACUCCCCAGCCUGAACCUGUGCCAUUUUGUCAUGUUUUUCCCCCAAUAUAUUCCCUGUGGGUGUGUACUCUCUUGUUGAAGUUCUUAGAUGUGACUAACCAAAAAGACAAGCAGCGAGCUCAUAUAACCCAGCUCUUAGACUGCCCACCAUUUCAGGAAGGUGGUGACAUUGACUCAGAAAGACAAGGCAAGGAGAAAUGUUUCAACAAAGGAAAAUGUGGGAAGGCUUGCAGGAGAGGAUAAUUUUUAUUUUUUUAAAGAAAGAUACAUAAAGGAAAAAGCUACUCCCCCCCCGCCUCAAAUUUUAUUUAUUGUUUAUUUUAUUUAGCAAAUGUAUAUACCUCUCAAUCAAAAGAAAAAUCUCUCUUAAGUGGCAAACAGUUUUCAAAAGUGUAACACAAUAUAAAAUUCAAAACAUGGGUAGAAUUCAGAAUCACGCUGUGACAAAUGUUCCCUCUGCACAAGCAUUUUAGUUUGCUAUAUGGAAGAAUCCCCCUCCCCUGAAUGUUGUUCUGGGGGCGGGAUUCUCAUGACCUUCCCCCCAAGACUUAUUUUUUCAGGGAGCCCUGUUGCAUAAGCGGAAAUCCUUGCACAAGGCUCCACUGAUAGGGCUUGUCAAGUGAAUCCCAUCCUUUAUUUUUACUGAGACGAGGCAGAUUAAAAUCAAACAGAGCCAUGAAAGUGUCAGAAGCAAGUCUGGAAGACCAUAAGGAGGAGUUGUGUUUGGCUGUUCCUAAGCAGAAACCCUCUUCUCUCUCCUAUCCCAUUCUGUGGAGAAUUGGAUAUUAUGGUACGGAUAUUAGUAUGCAUAUAGCACUUCAUCUUUUUCUUUUUUUUAAAUCUCUUUUGCAACAUUGUCUGGAGAGGUGUUUAGAAAAUUUAGACCAGUCAGAUAAGUGGAGCAACUGGAAAAAUCUAUAGCAACUUUGUUACACAGACGUAUGCUUGGGUACCAUUCUGCUAUUGUCAUGGGUAUUUCUCAUGAUAUCAGUGGCCUCUUCAGCCUUCCUCUCAGGGGAUGUGUGCUGGUCUUUGAGGAGCUGCUGGGAAGGAUGGGGAAGGGGCCUGUUGGGCCCUUCAAGAGCUGAUGGCUCCCCUGCUUCUUCUCACUCCUCCUUGAAGGAGGCAAGCUGAAGUGAAUCACCUCAUCUGUUUGAAACCAGCAUCCUCUCCCUGUCACAUAGGAAGGUGCCUUCUACUGAGGCAGACCAUUGGUUCAUCUAGCUCUGUGUUGUCUACACUGACUGGCAGUGGCUGUCCAGGCAGGAGUCUCUCCCAGCCUUACCUGGAGAUGCCAGGGAUUGAGGCUGGGACCUUCUGCAUGCAGGGCAGCUGCUCUUCCACUGAGCUAUGCCCUAUGGCCUUUAGACAUAGGUAGCUCACUUCCUAAGGUAAACAGCUGGGAGACUACCAGUCAUGCCGACUACUCAGCAGGUGUUAGCUGCUGAUGACUCAGGUUCACCAAUAGUCUUAAGCAUACUUAGCCCUGUGAGACUCUCAAGCCAGGGAAGGUGGUAGUGUUUGAAGGAGAAACCUGUACUUGUUGUUUUCUUCCUGAGUAUGCCAAGUUGCUUGAAUUCUUUUUUCUUCUUCUUUUUUGUUUCCUUUAGGUUGGAUGAAUACAUGAACGUGUGCGUUGCUGAUUUUGGGCUUUCAAAGAAAAUCUAUAGUGGAGACUAUUACCGCCAGGGCUGUGCCUCCAAGCUGCCAGUGAAGUGGCUUGCCCUGGAAAGCCUGGCGGACAAUCUCUACACAACACAUAGUGAUGUGGUGAGCCUUCUUUGCUCUUCCCAGGAGCACCUGUUUCCCUACGUACAAAUUCUGUUGCCGCAAAAACCAUGAAGAUUCUUGUGGCACCUUAAAGACGAUCACAUUUAUCCAGGCAUAAGCCAGGGUGGGGACCUCCAGCCUGCCAAGCCAAAUUUGGCCUGGCACAGGUCUCCGUUUGGCCUGCCAGGCCAUUUUCCCCAAGCCACACUCACCUGCCCCAAAUGUGAUGUCAGCUGUGGACAAGGGAUAUGUAUAUGGAAAUUGGGAGGCUCAAUUGCACAGGCAAUCCCUGCAGAAAGCAACUUGGCCUCCCCUAUGCUUGGCACUGGGAAACACUGAGCAAAGCACCUUGGAAGCCCUGGGCUAAUAUCACACAACGUUUGUGCUCAACGUUUCCCAGUGCCAAGCAUAGGGCUGGCCAAGCUGCUUUCUGUGGCAUUUGCCUGUGAUGAGGGACCAUCACGCUUCUCAGUCCAAAGCCAAUGCUGGCAAUUUUGCAAAAUCAAAGUGUGGUGUGCGUGUGAAAGUGCCUUGCACGUCACCAGGGCUGUGACGGAGCUCUGAAACAUAAAGCAGCAUGAAACAAAAGAAGCGUUUGCAGAGUUGUUGCUGUUCUUUAUAUCAUGUCAUCAGGGCACACAUGGUGCUUUUGACGCUAGGGGAACAACAGCGGAAAGGGAGGGAAGUGGAGGCAGGGGAAGAACACUGAGUCAUGGGAACUAGACGGUGGGCCAGAGGCACAGUGUUCUGUGGGGAACAUCAUUUUUUCUAUGAACUGAAGAAGAACCCUGCUGGAUCAGACCAAAGAUCUAUUUAGCCUAGCAUCUCGUUUCUCACAGUGGCCAACUAGAUGCUUCUGGGAAGCCCAUAAAGAAUAGCCCUCUCCUGCCCAUUCAUCCCCAACACACACACAUAAUGGAAAGAACACAUUUCUUACAUAUGUAUGCUGCCCAUUAUAACUUGGUUUUCUGUGCAGCUUCCGGAGACGUCACAAUACGAUUCACACCGUUCUAACAUGGUGCAAUUACUGAGGAAGAUCACUGAUUGUCAUAUUGUAUGCUACCCUGAGCUCCCAUGUAAGGAUACAAAUAUCGCAUUUUGUUAAUACAGCCGCGAUUGCUCUGCGAAAAGAAGACUGCCCCCUCUAGUGUAAUGUUGUGGUAGUCCUCAGCCGAAGAGGGAUGUUUGUGUUCAUUAACAACUGGAUUUUAAAAAGCAAUGAGUUACAUACCUAUUAGGAGUUAGUUGUCUUUUCUGGGCCUGUUAAAAUGAUACUCAGUUUGUGCAGGUAAAGAACCGCUUUUAAUAUUAUUUAGGAUUAUUUACAGAAGGAGGAAAGAUAGAAAAUUAUGACUGAAAGCACACUCAGACUGAACUGCCCUGGAACAGGAAAUCCAGGAAUCAUCUCUGUCCGAUUAUACUGGGAGCAAGACUGAAAAAAAGACGACUGAUAUUCUAAGCAUGUUUCUUCUCCUGAAAUUGUUUUUAAAUAUGCUUCUCCCAUUUGUUUAACUAUAUUUUCCCCCUCCCCUACUGUAUUUCAGUGGGCAUUUGGUGUGACAAUGUGGGAAAUUGUGACGCGGGGGCAAACUCCUUAUGCAGGCAUUGAGAAUGCAGAAAUUUACAACUACCUCAUCAGUGGAAACAGACUGAAACAGCCCCUGGAGUGCUUGGAAGAUGUGUGAGUAGUUUAUUAAGCCAUUUGGUUUUCCAAACAUGAACAUUUUCUUCUACAGUGCAGACCACACUAUGAUAAGCAGAAGUUCCACAAAAAUACUGCCAUACUUUGGGCCAGCUCAGAUAGGAGGAAGUCCCAUUGGGCUGUGCCCAUUGUAGAGAAUGCUUUCUUAAUGGACAGAGGGGUGGGUUGCAUGAUUUAAUUGAGAUUCUUCCAUAUUAUUUUGAUACUGUUCAGCUUGCCUUCAAUGUGCUUUUGCCAACGUGCUUUUGAAAAUGUAUUUUGCAUUCAAAACAGAAACAAAUCUGUUUAACCACUGUGUUCCACUGGGCAGAGGGAACACACACUGGUAUGCAGCUUUUAUUUUUGAAAUAUAAAUAUAUGUUCCCAGUGCAGCUUACACAGCCUUUGGUUGUCCCGAGGUGCUUCUUUUCUCAUUUUGUUUUGUUCUGUUUGUCGUGCAGCUACGAUCUCAUGUGCAGAUGCUGGCAUUCAGAACCUAAACUACGCCCCAGCUUCGGAGCCCUGAAACUGCAACUAGAAAUGAUCUUGGCCAGACUGUCUUUGCUCUCAUCCAGUCAGGACCCCUUGUAUGUCAACAUUGGGAAGCCACAAGAAGCCUACAGGAAUGACCCCUCAAUGGAUUGUCCCUUUGGAACAUUGGACGGUGACGUGAACAUUGCAGGAGCAGCUGCUGCCGCUGUCACGAGUGACUAUCGUUACAUCAUGAGCCCCUUGUGCCUUGGGAGUGAUGCUGAAAGCGAAAGGCAUCCGGACGCAUCUGAGGGGGAAGCCAGGAGCCUUCUUUAUGAUUUGGAGAUGGGACCAAAACGAUGUUAGCCUGAAAGGAAGGGAGGGGGGGGAAUGACACUCCACUCUCCUCCAAUAAGAUGUGUGCAUUUUUAUCAUCAUCUGGUACUGCUUUACAAAGACAGUUGUAGGCUGCUUUUAACCAGCAUAGGUAGCUGUAAAAUGAGCUACUUCUGCAGCUGUUUGAGUUGCUGUGGCUCAUGCUCAAAAUGACCACAAAUCUUUAUCACCUAUUGGCCUUCUGAAACUAACUUCCUGCAAUGGUGAAAUGAAAUCCAGUGGGAGUGGCCUAGUCUGUACUUACAGCCAGCGAAUGCCUGUUUGUCAACCGAAUUGAUAAUGGAAUAUUGGAGUUGAGCAGGGUGCUACUCAGCAUUCUCUCUUUUUUGGUAAGAUUUUCCAGCUCUGAGCAAGGAAGAUUGGGACCAGCACAUGUGGUGGGGAAAUGAUCUGCUAUUGAUGGAUACUGUAUUUAAGGGCGUGAGGGGGAACAGUAGUUUAGCAGUACCACCUAGUCCUCUUGUCUACCUCAGUGGUUCUCAAACUGGCUGCUUCUGUACAAUGAAGAAAUCUUGCGCCGUUUCUCAGAUUGUUACAGUAUUUGGUUGUUGGAUGGAAGCAUUCCUCAAGGCUGGCAGCUAAGCAGCAACAUGCAGGCACGGUUUUUGCCAGCCUGAUACCCUCCAGAUCUUUUCUGGCUACAGUUCCUAUCAGCGCCAGGCAGCGCAGCUGAUGGGAUUUGUAGAAGAAAACAUCUAGAGGCCACCAAGUUGGUGAAGGCUGUUCUGACAUCUCCCUGCAGAGUUGGCCUUCUCCCGCACUGCAGGACUGGGUUUUCUUGUCUUUCUUUGCUUUUCGAUGUUUGACGUGAAGUUGGUUGUACGCACAGUUGCCUUGUCAGCAAAACUCUAUGACAGGGUGACAAAUGCAUACGGACGAAACCAAACUUCAGACAGACUUUGAGAGACCAGUGUAGGACAAGCAGUUAGCACAUGGGAAAAUUUGAUACUAAGGCUGCAGUAGCAUACUUACCUAUCUCGGAAUAAAUCCCACUGAACUCAGUGGGACUUACUUCUGAGCAGACAUGUCUAGGAUAGCGCUGUGUGGACAAAGUACAAAAAGUGCAUAUACGAAAAGGAGGUCUAUAAUGAUAGUAAGAGGCAGAACUUUAAAUUAAAAACAGACGUUUAUUUUAUAAACUUUAUCCUAAAAAAAUUAAUAUUAGCUGCAGCAAGGAAAUUGCUCAGUUGACAUCAGCAGAAAAACUCAGUAGGUACCAAUGGAAUGCUUUCCAUGCAGAGAAGUAGUUUUCAGUCAGAAAGACUUUGAGAAUCACUGGCUUACUUCAUUAGAGGUUGUUCCAGCAUUCUGCAGAGAUUCAACUGCAUUGGAGCGUAACUUCACGUAUUUUGGUAACCUUACAGAAGGAAAUGUUCAUUUUUGAGCUCUCAUUUUUCCAAUAAGCCUGUUUUGAUUAAUCAUAACUGAAAAGAAUAACACGCGCUUUGAAGAAGACUACUUUGACAAUGUGUAAAUCAGUCAGUGUUUCUGUAUGUUGCUGUUCCUAACAUAAGGUAUGCCUAGGGCAUUACACCUUACCAUGGCUGCCUGAAUUUUUAGCAAACCUAAAUUCUUCCUAUUGGGCUGUUAGAAAAAUUCCCUGAUGCAGCAGUACUCAAUAUGCAGCCACAGAAUCGCAUUGGGUGCAUCAAUUUUUAAAUUACGUAUUUUUCGGUCCAGCUGGUUUCCAUGAGAAUGCUUAACGUAUGUGUAGCUCUCUGCUGUUCGAAAUCCAUAGGUAUUAAAGCGGUGGGAGCAGGGGUAUUGGAUCAUGCCUAGUAUUAUAUAUGUUUCCAGGCUGCAGGUCUCUUAUAGCAGAGAUGGGGAACCUGUUGACUUUCCCAAUGUUAUUGUAUUCCUAACUCCCACCAGCCUCUGCCAGUAGGGUCAAUGGUCAUGGAUUUUGAGAACAGUUCUGCAACAAUCUUCCCCAUCUCUGCCUUAGAGGCUUUUGGCACAACAAAACUCCACCCAUGGUAAGAGAAUACCACUGAUAAUAUGUUUGCAUUAUUAGUUAUGCUUAGAGCUGUUUUUCCUAUUGGGCUUACUGGCGCGUUGCGCCAGGGCGCUGGCCUCUCAGGGGCACCACAGCGAGUGGGGGAGCUGCGUGCCUUUGCCAGCGGCCCCCCCUUUCCCUGCACGCCUGCCAGCUGUGCCGCGCCAACUAUAUGCCUGGCAGGCUGCAGCUUCCUUCCCAAGCCUCCGCGGAAAGUGAGCGACCCCCACAGAGGCUUGGGAAAAGGUCAACAAGUCGACAACUUUGGAAAAGAGGGGGGCCUUGGAGGGAUCUUUGCACCAUGACACCGGAUAUGCCUAAGACGGCCCUGGUCAUGCUUUCCUUUUUUUGCUGUUUCAUUUAGUGCUCACUGAGGCUACAUUUCUUCCUGCCCCUUGUGAAACAAGGUAAUCUAGAAUUACUGGAAUUCAAACCACCAAACAGAUCCUCCUGAGAGACACUGACAAGGCCCCUUCUCACAUUCCGUUUACCACUUUCAGGUUUUAACCAGUAAUGUUCACAUAUGCUUUUCUAGAUGGUUAAAAGACUGGAGGGGUCACUCUCAUGUGCCAGGAACUUUGCAGAGUCAAUAACUCAUCAAAGCUUUUCCAUCUCUGCCCCGCCUCUAGCACCAUCCUUCAGCAUGACUACGAAACAGAAGCCGGGACGGGGAGAGGCGGGCUAUGCAGCUGGAACUAGGCCCUGUUCUCUCCUUUUAUGCAACAGUAACCAUGCUGAUUGUGUGAACAAAGGAGUGGCUAAAGGUCUGGUGGUUUGCAUUAAGUUUUCGUGAAAAGCAAGCAUAGAAAUAUUACACGUAUUAAUAAAUCUGUGAACCACCUUGAGAUCGGCGGGUGAAGGGCAGUAUACAAAUUCAAUUAAUAAUAAUAAUAAAGAAACAGCAUGAGCUAGGGGGAAAGUUCUUGAUUUGUGCAAACAUCAUCAGUGGUAUGCUUUUAUUGCCCGUGGUAUCUGUUGUGCAUAUGGGCUUCCCAUCAUCACAACACUAUGUUACCAAAAGCAAGUAAUAGAUGUGUUGCUGGUGGUAUGAGUUAAAAAUGGUUUUAUGAGUUAAAAAUGGUUCUAUGCAGUCAAUGCUGAGAAAGCCAUAUUCUGUGUUCUGGAAUGAAGCAUUAGAUUUGGGAUCAAAAAAUUUCAUUAGAACAGUUCCUCUAUCUACUUAACAAAACUCACCAGUUCCUCUACAAAAUAUUGUGAUGGAAGCCCAAGUUUCAAAUUAUACUUCUGAGUCUGAAUGCAUAUGUGAAAUAAGUAUUUUGCAAUUUCCAGCGUGGAAAUUCUGCAGCAUACUGCAGUUGUUUGAACCUGGGAUUUUUAUGGACACUCACCUGAUUGAAUUAAGACAGUCAAAGCAACUGUCCUACAGAAACCUUCCCAAUGAAUGGCCUAUGCAAUAAUUCAACAUGGGUGUCGAGUGGAGUUUGUUAGACGUUAUGCCCUGCCUCCCUCAAGUUUACUAAACAUGUUUACAGGAGACUGGUGAGAACAUAGUUCUUAACCAAGUGCUGCCUUCUCACCAUACCUGUGCUCUCAUAGCAAGCAGUGUGAAACAUGUUGUUUAACAGACUGACCCUUUAGUUCCAGUAUUCAAGAGUGAGCGUCUUUGCUUGUGUGAUCAGAACAGCAUCACCCACACACAAGAGGGAAGUAUCAACAGGUUAAAAGUUUGAAGUACCAAAAAUAAUGAAGGGGAAAACAAACCUAAGAGGGACCCUAAAGAGGCCUGAGCAUGCUCAGUGGCUUAGAAUGCUGCUUGAAUGUGGGGAGGUGGGAUGGAACCCUAAACAGAAGCAGUCCAUGCUGCAACCUUUUGUUGCAGCUCCCACUUGUGCCUCUUUCAUUCGGAAUUAAGUCUCAUGAGUUCAGUGGGAUUCAUUCCCAAACAAAUGUGCAUCAGAUUGCAGCUUAUGUUUCCUGCAGCAGCCACCUAGCAAGCAGAGCAAGUGUAUAUAUAAAAUCUAAUUUUCUGAAGCAUGUCAUUAGUUUUUAUGCUUUUUUAAAAUAAAAUAUGUACUGUGUCUU